AGAUGUGAUGUGAUGUCACGUCCUUGUUGCGCCUCCCCUGCAGUCUGCUGCUCCUCACAUAUUUGAAUAUUUCCCCCUGUCUGAAAACUUUUCUGCUCGGCUCUCUCUGCCUGCAGUCUGAGCGCGGGGAGCGGAGGGUGUGAUGCCGCUGAGCGUGUGGUCUGUGAGCCGCCGUCGGAGCGCUCUCUGUGCGGGGGAAACGCGGUGAGGUUGACACAGAGACCAGAGAUCUAUGCUUAAUAAGGACUGCACCCCGGAGAGAAGAGGCUGCCCGGAGCCCGUCAGCAUGCGGCUCCUGUUGAGUGUUCUGUAUCCCGUCCUCUCCCUCGUCGUCUUCGGAUUAUACCCCUCCAUGGUGAGUUUGAGAUUAUGGUUCAUCUCCUAAUCUUAAUCUUAAUAUAUCAGAUCUUUGCUGUGUUUGGUGAUCACUUAAUGCGUUUGUGCCAAUAGUUUUCUUGCAGCCCACAGUUCCCCUCGCCCUGAUAGGCGUCAGUCACAUUUCACGGCGGUUGUCAUGCCAAACUUCACGCAAAAGUCCGUCAAUUAAUUUCACCUUAAUCCUGACAUAUGUGUUAUCGGAGGAAAAUAAAUUGAUGCAAAAAUCCAAUUUAAGCUUUGCACUUUGGUGGAGGUUCAGAGCACCGAUGCAUAUUUUCAUUACUGGAAACUAGUGGAUCCAGCUCUUCUCCACACCGGCACACCGAAAAAUGAAAGGAUUAAUCUUUAAUGAAAGUUUUGGAAAUUUAUUCCCACAGAUUAAUAAUGCAUGUGAUACAUUUAGAAAAUGAUUCAAUCAUUAGUUGAUGUAUUCUAGGUAUUUUUUUUUAUCAUAAAUAUGUAAUCCUAAAACGAGGAAACGUCUCACUGCAGCACUUUGUAUUCAGUUUUCUCUGCAAUAAUUUAAAGAAAACUCUGGAAAGUCAUACAAAAAGCAGAGCAAUCAUCUAUUUUUGUGGGUUUAUUACAUGCUCCAAAAUUGCUUUUAUGCUGAAACGUGCUUUUCUCAUCUCUGCAUGUUACCCACUUGUGGAUCUCCUUUCUGUUGUGAACUGAGUGCAUUAUAAUGAGAUUUUGAGAAGAUGCAUUACAAGCAGAGCAGGAUAUUGAUUAAAUUCUCUUUAAUACAUUGCGAUGCUUUGGACUCAGAUUCCUCCAUUUAUGUCUGUUUAGCUCAGCAGAAGCAUUGUUACGUUUUGUCAGAGACAUUACCCCCCGCCUUCACCUCACCUCACAGGACUCUGUCUCCUUUGUCUUGAUUUAAUCUCCUGCUCCUGUUUUUGCUGGUUUGUCUUUAUGCUGCUUCACCUAAGGGAUAUCUGAAGACAUAGCCUGAGCAGUGAUUUGUAGUUUUGGACUGGAGCAGAGAUGGAGUAAGCAUGACUAAAGCUGACAACUCUGUCUGUGAGUCGCUUUAUGAUUAAUGGAGAAAUCAAUGUGAGGCUCGGGGUCCUCUGCUGGUGACGCCGAGGAGCUGUCCACUCUGUGGUGCUGAAACUUCACCACCCAGACUGCGCAGUAAAUCUUUUCUGGCUUUUCAUUUGCAGUUUUCUCAACAUUCACUCUCAUUGAGAGACAGAGCUUUCAUUCAGACCUCACCCUGUUCAUCAGGGUGAGGUCUUUAAUCUUGCCCAGGUCUUCAUACUGUUGAAGUUUACUGAGAGAAGAUCAAUCAGUGGCAGCUGCUGAUCUGUUGGAAUAUAGAAUAGAAUAGAAUAUUCCUUUACUGAUCCCCCAUGGGGGAAUUUUUUUUGAUGUUAGCAAAGCUUGUAUCCAUCAUGGACAAUCCCUCUCACCCACUGUACCAGGCUUUAAGCAGCUCCUUCAGCAGCAGACUUAGACUCCCACCUUGCAAGACGGAGCGCUACAGCAGGUCAUUCCUCCCUUCUGCAAAAAGACUUUACAACGAACUGUAAUAAAACUGAACUCACACCUUAAUCUAUUUAAUAUUCAACAUUCAUGUACAGUUAUUUAACCAUGACCAUCCUGAUACCUCAUCAUCUGUUGUUCAUCUCUUUAUUCACUCAUUCAUCCAGUACUUAAAUUGUGUAUAUUGUAUAUAGUUUUAUUUUCUUCCUUUUUCCUUUUCUUAAUUGUAACAUUUAAGUUCUUAAUAUUACCAUCUUUAUUUUAAUGACUGAAUUUUUGCACUUUGUGUUGCUGCUGUGGCAAAAAAAUUUCCCCCAUGGGGGAUCAAUAAAGGAAUAUUCUAUUCUAUUCUAUUCUAUUCUAUUCUAAAAUUGACAAUUUUGGUAUCGUACCUUUAAUGCCUUUAACUUAAAGGAGGUGAAUGGUAGAGGCAGAGCAAUUGAGACCCUGUUUUUACAAUUUCCACAUAAAAUACUCAUAAUAAUUGUUAAAAAUGACUGUUAAAAGUUAGCAGGAUGAGUCACUACUGAAGCUCGUAAAGAAACAGAUGAGGAAAGUCUGCUUUGUUCACAGCUGGUGCAAAAAAAGACACUAACCAAAAGUUCCUCACAGGAGCUCCAAUUGAGACAGAUGAGAAGUAAUGGAUGGGCUUUCUUUAAACAGUAGAGGGCUCUAUCUACACUGCCUCACAUCUUGUGUGUUGGUAACUGAUUUGAGGUGUGGUGGUAGCAGGUCAAGAUCUCUGGGUUGAGGAUAAACCACAAGUAUUUUCCACACAAAGACAAUACCUACAUGAUACUCAUGGAUAAAAACAACAGAUAUUGGACCACCUUUCAAUAUUUUUUUUUCUGUACCCAUGUGUUUGUCAUUGAUAAACAUGUGGGCAAUCUCUCUAUCUGUACUCCUGGCAUGCUUGAGGUGAGUAAAGGCUGCACACCUGCUCUGAAUGUAGAGAAAGAUGUUAACAUUUCAACAAUGCUCAAGGGUGUAUCCCUUCAGAGGAAGCUAAUACCAUUCUCUUUAACUGUAACUUUAUCUGUGAACGUAUCCUUUUUCAGCUUUUUACACCAGCUCAUGUAACCUCGACAUGUAGAUGAAGUACUUUUUGUGUCACUUUAAGAUAAAAUUAGACACUUGUACCUCCAUUUUCACCAAUUUUGAGAUGCAAGGCCAAAAUUCUGCCAUAAUAGAUGCUGACAUAGUGUGCGGGUGGAGCCACAAGAAUAAUAUCAAACUAUUGCAUUGUACCGCGUUAAUCAGAACUACCUUUUGAGAAUAUGAAAUAUUGUCCUUGUGCUAAAAACACCAAUCUACCAGAAGUAUACGUAUGUUUAAAAUGAAAGCAAUUUUACAAUGCAAAAAAAAACACAGCACAGCACAGGGAAAAUAUUAUUGCAAUCAUGACAAACAAUGAGUUUUAUGAGACAGUGUCGUCUCCAAAGAGGUUUCUGCCUAAGGACUGAUGAUGUGGAUAAAUCAUGUAUUUCAACAUCAUCAGAAAUGGAUGAUGUUGCUUUAUUUAGUAGUGUGGUAUUGUAACAGUCCUACCCCACUCUUUUUCCUCCAAUCAGAACUUGUAUUGACUAGUUUAAUGGCCCUUGGGCUCUAUUUUGGUGCCUCGCCGGAGACGUGCCGCAAGCGCAGCGUCAGUCAGAUCCACCGCGCUGACAAGGCGUUCCCAAGCACAUUUUGGUAUUUUGGUGAGCUGCGCAGCCCGGCUUAAGUAUCCCCCCUCCCUAACUCAGCUCCUCCCAGCACCAUAAGUCGUAACGGGGAGGAGAAAGGGCGUGAAGUCGGUUUAACACAGCCGAGACCUGUUUUCACCAAUCACAUAGGCUCCUCUCCUUGCCUUUAAAUCCGCCAGAGGCGAGGCGUAUUACUAUUUUCAUGAAGUAGUCAAAGAGAUCAAGAGAUGUCUUAAGACAGUAAUGCCACAAGAUGGCGACAGAGGGUAGCUCCUCAACAAGUGUCCUCCACACUCUCUCAUAUGAGCACAGAUGGAUUUAGUGUGCGUAAUGUUGGACCCACUGGUAAGACAAACACCCUUUUCCACAAAAAAGACACUCACAUAAAGUUGCUCAUAUUCAAACCUCACGUAACAAAGGUGGGUUGAGCGCACAGAUCACAACAUAAACUCCAAAAAUGGCAUUAAAAUCGGAACCAUCUGUGCGUAAAUGACGCAUCGCGCUCCGUGGCCUGGCUCUUUCUUUCAUAGAUGUUGGCAUAUAAAAUAAAUUUGGCUCACAAAACUGAAUAUUAUAAUAUCCGUAUGUCGGCUUAAAGUAGAUCACGCAUCUGAGCACUGAAACAAAUCAUCUGUUCAGCUGCAGCAGCAGCAAGACGGACAGAGGACACGGAGGCGUGUCCAGGUCGAGCUGUGCAAGAAAUAAGAGGAAGAGGAAGAAAGAAAAGGAGGGAGACGAAUUACAUAUCUAGUUAACUUCAUCAUGUGUGUUUAUUUACUAGAUAUUUAAUUUAAUUUUAUGCGGUUUCAGCUGUGUUGAUUCGGUCAGGUUGUGUGUCCAAACGCGUGCCAAACGCGCUCAUCAGAUCACAUAUAGAUCAGAAUAUAUCGAUAUAGAUCUAAAUGUAUGUGCUGACUCAGAUUAAUAGUUGAUGAUGAUUAUUUAUUGCACUGAAAUGUGCCUGACACUGUGGAAACCUGCCGGUGAGGCAUCAGUGACGUAUGUCGAUACGCCGUCGGUCUACCAAAAUACUACUAGACCAGCUGCGUUCCGCCUUGCGCUGAAAGCUGACCAGGUUUGAAUCGGCGAGCUUUCAGCGCACUUUACACGCCGUUGGCGAGCACGAAAAUGUCACUGCGCCAGCUGAUUCUGUCGACACCUCCCCCUGCCACACCACCACGCCCAGCUUGGCGGAUCUCGGCUCGCCUCCGUGCGGCUCAUGCCACGAAAAUACCAAAUUGGCCUUACGCUGGGCUCCGCCAGACGAAAAUACAACUGCGCGGGGCUCGCCGCCCUCCGCCGCCUCACCGGCGCGAACGAAAAUAGAGCCCCUUGUGUUUCUUCUCACCAUUCCUACUUUACCCUGAUAAUUUGGUGUGCACAGCGCUGUAGGAGCCUCACAGGUCAACAGAACUGUCAGUGUGGCGUUUUACUCUUUUUGUAAGAGAAAUAUGGAACCAUGUUAGACCCAUGUUAGCACAUGCCCAGUCAAAAGGUGAACCUCUUAGGGAUCUCAGCGGUUAACAGGAAAUCAACUAAUCUCACCAGCCAAAGUUGUUGUUCUUUGUUCUUUUUUUUCCAGUUUUAAUGUUGGUGGAUAUUUAGAAGAUAAUAUUCUAGAGGGCAAAGUUCGUAAUCAAUUUCAAAUUUAAAUUUUGUAAUGAGAACAGAUCGAAAGAUCCUGGAUGUCAAAUGUUCCCCAGGUCUUUUAAAUGUAUACCAUAUGAUUUUUUAACUUAUUACGGGGUUACUAAAUAUCAAAUGUCAGCAUUAGACACAGAUUAACAACCUCAAACAAACAAAAACAAUGCUAAAAUGUAAAUGUUUAGACCAAUCUGGGAGAAUUCCUGUGUACUGUGGUCAAAUGAUGAAAACAGAUAUUUUGUUUAAGAUUGAUGUGCUGGUCAAGAGAAGAUUAAUAAACAUCCAUUUCAGUCAAUCUUAAUAGUGUAAGGGUGAGAGGUAAGGAUGAUAGAUACGACCCUUAUGUAUGCCCUAUUCUUUAAGAUAGGAAGGCGAGUUUUAUGACUUACACUGCAGCUGGUCAGGAGGGGGAGCUCUACAUACUUUGGCUGCAUGGUUCAUAAAUACUUGUCUGUUUUAAUGGCAGUUAAAUGGUAAAUAAAAGUACUUUUAGAUCUAAAGUAUCUAAAAGUAUCUAUUGAAUCAUACAAGAGUUAAGUGUGUGUUAUCGCAUCCAUACUAACAGUUUCAUCUUUUCCAUCAUAUAUCAGAUGAUGGAAAUAUCAGUGAAUCGCAGCCCAGCUGCUUUUGUUUCCUCUGAUUCAAACACUUGUCUCAUUGUUAGUGUUUAAAUAGACAAAUUGAGCGAAACUGCAGCAAUUGUGUCUGUUUUGUUAUUCUUAUUUUCUUAUUGCUGAAGAAAUGUGUUGAUGUUUCAUAUAAAUCAAUUCACCAUUAGGGGAAUCCAAACAGCUGCCUCAAUGCUCAACAUUUCAUUUCUUUAGUAAGAGCAGAGAUAGCUCCAGAUUUCUAUCCCUAUAUAUACUGAAGUAUGCUUCUGCUGUUUCCUCUCAUGGAUUCUGUUCUGAUGAAUUUCCUCUGUUCAUGGUAAAGUCAAUGCCAUUCAGGAAUAUGAGAUGUUGUUGGAGCAAGAGCUGCAUGCAAAUAUCUGGCCUCAAGGUCUUUAGUGUUCAGACUGAUCCGUAUAAGCAGACCUUUUGUGGUCUUACAUUAAGCUGUGAAUAAUGGAGCUGUCAGUUACAGGCUGUGAGCUCUUGGACAUAAAGAGUUGAUUAUUUGAAUGAAAGGUGCAGCCUUUAAGUCAGGGUGUUUUUCCUCUCAAAGGUUUGGUUAAGUAACUUUAAUUUAACCCUGAUCUGUUCGGGAUAAACAGGCUUAAGCUGAGGCUAAUAAAAAGGAUUUCUUCUUUGUCAUAGAGAGGAAUUAUCCGGUUGGACAGAUAUUACCUCUGCAGUGUACACAACAGAUCCCCAAGGAGCCUUUGUGAGAAAAUGAAAUAUUUGCAUAGUGUAGUUUUCCCUUAUGGUCUAUGCCAGCCGGGUAAUUACACGGCGGCUGCUAACGGCGCUGUGUUCCUCUCAUCAUGAUCAAAAUGAUGACUGGAAUCUGUGUUUUAUGAUUACACAUUAAAUCCUGCACCUGGAGGACGUAUUGAUCGUCAGAGGAGGAGGAGAAGUAAUAGAUUUGAGCAGUCUGACGUCAGAGAGCUGCCACAAUUCAAUUGUCCAUUUCAAAGUCAGCUGAGACAUAUCAGAUCUCUUUUAGACAUCACAACUAAUAGCUAAAAGCCAUUUUGAGAUUUUUGAUGGAAUCACAUUGAUUUUAUGUUACAUAUAUUUAACUCUUAUCAAAACUGUCUAUCAAUAUUACUCUAUUUUAUGAUCUUUUAAUGUAAAAUAGGCUGCAGUCAGCGCUUUAGGCUCCUCUUGAAUCUAGAUGAGAGUCUUGUUAAAGCUUUGAGUGAAAUUACAGCCACUGAUAGUAAAGACUUUCUAUUUGUAUGAGCAGUGAAGGGAUUUGUAGAAUAACAGUCUGAACCUGCUAGAGACAAAAACACAAACUCUUAGCAGACGUAUGGGUGUAUUUGACCCAUAGACUGUAUAUAGUAUGUACAAUGUGACUCUACCUCUCGUCAUUGUACAAAUGUGAAGCUGAAUUGCCCUCUGUGUCUCCAGGAAUUAUCUUGAUUUCCUGAAACCAGUCAUUUUCAGCGGGAGAGUCACUGCGAUGACGCUCAAACAGCGCACACCCCCUCUUCUUACGCCCAUUGACUGUAUCCACUUGUCAAUUAUAAAAGUAUUUUCAAGACUGGACAUUGUUACUCAAAGUGUUUUGGUCACCAGACUAACCAUGAAAAAGAGUCUGUAUGGAUAGCAAAAGCAGGUGGGACACAUGCCACCCUUAUGAUAAUCAUCCUCCAUCAGUAACAAUCUGACAAAUGUGUUUCUUUCCAUAAACAGUUAUCUGCAUUCAAAUGUAGCUAAAAAUACGUUUGAGAUCUGACCUCCAUCCAACAUACAUACAUUUUAAGUUAUUUCUUCAUCCUCUUGAGGACAGAUCUGACAAAGCUUGAACAUGAAGUGCCUCUCGGAUAGAAUGUAUUGUGAAGAGGCUUUACCCAGCGAGAAGGCAGAUGACAUCCAUUCUAAAUACAGUCUAUGCUUUGACCACAACUAAAAUCUCCUUUCACAGACUCCACAUCAUUAAGGAGAGUCAGUAUUUUCAAGACUGGACAUUGUUACUCCAAGUGUUUUGGUCACCAGACUAACCAUGAAAAAGAGUCUGUAUGGAUAGCAAAAGCAGGUGGGACACAUAGUACUGACUGUAUUGUUGUUAUCGUCUUGUUAUGUUUGAUGUUGCUUUCAAAGAUGGUUUUUGUGGCAAUUUAAAAUUACAGCCGUUUAUUUAUUAAAUACCGACUCAUGAUUUUAUGCGUUAUUUCUAUGGCUUUUUUGAAUCAUGAGGUCUCCGCCCUACAAUUUUUGAGAAACAAAAUAGUUUGAUGUGAAUUUCAAAAACUCUCAGAUAGAAUGUAUUGUGAUCAGAUGGCACCAAGAGGAUUCCUGACAUAGUAAGGCAUUAACCUAACAGAACUACUGCUGUUCACCAUUUCCCAGCCUGCUGACUAAAGAUUCUAAUAAGUUGACUGAAAGAUUGGAUGAUUUCUACAUUUUUUAAAUUUUUGUAGAGCUCAAAUACAUAUAUUCUCCCAGAUUUAAUGGCUGCUGGCAAUUGUAUUUUUAUUAGGGCUGUCCCGAUAUACCUGUACUGACAAUAACCAUCUUUUUGGAAAAAUUAAACAUUCAGAGUAAAGUCUCAACGUUGGCCUGCCAUACAGUCACACUUAACGAACAUAUUUAUUUAUGAUAAACUCUUCUUACUUAACCAGCUCUCAAACACUUUUGCCACAGUGUCAACUAGGAUUGUCACAAUACUAAAAUUUCAAACUCAAUGUUGAUACCCAUAAAAAAUGUAUUAACAUGAAAAGCAGAACGGCGGAUAAAUAAUCAAUUAAAUAAAAUUAUUAAAUAAUCAGAAAAUGAAAAAUAAAAAAAAUUAAAAACAAGACAAUCACUUUUUCACUUGGAAGCCAGGUUUCUUUACUGUGUAAAUGGGUAGUUGGUCCUCACAGAUAUACUCUGCUACAGCUCUGUUUAUUUUGACAGCUUCAGGAGACUUUUGGUCAUUUUUUCUCUGUUUUUAAAACAGCAGUGGAAGAGUAAGCUGUGGUUUCUUUGGUUUAGUUGCAGGUCAACUUCUCUCUGCUUCAGUCUGCAUUUUUCAAAGUACCUAUACUUGAUAUAAUUCUUGUCCCUGGCUUUGCUCUUGCUAUUCAGAUCUGAUUCCCGUUGAUAUGGGGUUUCAACCAAUCAUGAUCAGGCAUUCAACACUGUCAUCUGAUGAUAGGACUCUUAAUGCAGGGCGCAGAAAAGGAAACCCUGGCUGGAUGUCAUGCAUUAGUUCACUGCCGGCUACACCUGGAAUGUUGGUCAUCAUUAUCAUUAAGUCUUGCUGGCUCCUGGCAACACCAAAAACAGCAAUGUUGUCCAUCAAACCCAUCAGGUAAUGGGCUCUUUGAUCUACCCACAAAGAUUAAGUUGCAGUUAUACCCUUAUCUGCAGCAGUAGUUACUUUUGCACUUUUAGACUGUAAAUCAUGUGAAAACAGGUCCCAGUCUGAAAACACCAUUUUCCAUUAAUUGUUUCAGCUUCACUAAAAGAAUAAUUACAAUUUAGACGUCCUCCAUGCUGCAGUGUGGUCAGCAAACUAUUUCCUUUCUUUGAUUACACAAACGUUCAUCCCUCUUUAUUUGCUGGUGGAUGAACAACAAACGAUGUGCACUGCUGUGUGAAAAAUAACUUGAUUUACUGUAAAUAAUGUGGAUGUUUACAAGCAGAUCCUCACAGGAGUUUGGUGUAAACAAGAGUGAAGCUGUGUGUGGGCACUUAUCCUCCCUGUAGUGUCACUGCGAGUAGGCGGCUAUGUGAGUAGGUGGUAGGCAAGUAUACACACCCACAUGCAAGCACACACAUGUCCGGUCUACUUUGAUAUAAAAGCCGUUCCCUCAAAUUUUCUCCUAACAGAGGUUUAGGUUUUGGUCGUGUGUUGAUCAAAGUUUUAAACAGACAUGAAAAAGCUGAUCACAGCUGUGAAGGAGGAGGGGAGGGGACAUCCUGCAGAGAAAUUCUCCAUCCUUUCAGUGUUACAGCCUCCUGUUGAUCAUUAAUCAGAUAAAACAGAGAGAAGCUUUCUUUGAAGUGAUGUGUGUUGUACAGCUGAAGGGCUCCUCUGCCAGCGGCUGAUGUUUCCUGCUCAUUAGAAAAUUUGUGUUCAGCUUUCAUUAGUGUGUGUACCUGCAUGAAAGGAACAUUUGUCUGGCACAGAUUCCAUGUUAGGAGAUGAGAGAUCCAGGACACACACACACACACACACACAACCAUUAGACAAAGAAAAGAAAGGCCUGAGGUUUCAUAUUUCACAUUGCUCUUUCCAAAUUAAAGCAGACACCUUCUUACUGUGUGAACACAAACAAAACAAACAGCCAGCUGCAUGUCUGCAGCACGGUCAUUACUGUGACGCCGCAUGCUUCAUGUGCGAGGCAGGGAGGAGGGCGUCAGAGUUGAUGGACUGGAAAGAAAGAAAGAAAGAAAGAAAAUCUGCUGUGGAUGGAUGGGAAUUGUGUACAAGCAGCAGUAAACAUGAGCAGAGAGCUCAGAUUCAAAGAGAUGUUUCAUGGCAUGAGCCCAUGUUAGGUUUUAAUGAGCUCUCUGUCAUUAUUCUAUGAUAUACGGUGAAAGAUGAGGCUCAUAAAAAAAGGUCAUGAUAGACUUUAGCAUCUGUAUUUAUGAAGAAUUUGACAUUUUAUCAGAAGAGAACCCUGAUUUAAACCAAAACCAAAUGAAAAGAGAGUCCAUUACUCAAAAUUAAGAUUAAAGUUGAUGCAGAUUGUAACAGUUAGCUCAUGAGUGAUGGUAUGAGCAGGAAAAAAGAAAGCAGUUAACUUGGGACUUCACAGCUGCUGCUCUUUUAUUAAAUUAAACACCAUGUUAGCGAUAUCAUACAUGACAAAGCGGUCUCAUGGUACUCAAUGUUAACUGAGUUAAGAAUGAAAGGAAAAGAAAUUACAGGAACUCAAUCAUGGCGUCAUCGUGUACUCGGCCUCCCAACUGACCAGAACAGAGGCGCCACUAAGUGAUGUCCUGACAACGUUAAAGCUGUUAAAGGAAUAGCCCCACUGUUACAACAUGCACUGAAAAUGUGAAUAAGCAAACUUUUAUAGCUAAAUAAGGCAGUGCAGGUCAAAAAUGAGUAUAUACUGUAAAUAGAUGCAGAAGCAUUUUUGAUCAAGGUCAGUCCCAUUAAAGGAUAUUCCAGUGAGUAAGAUUGUUGUCAAGGUCACUAAAGCAUGGUAAGCAGAAUUUGUAAGAGUAUAAUUUAUGAAAUGCAUCUACUUUAACAGCAGAAAGAGGGCCUGUCAUGUUGACUGAUUUAUUUGCACAUAUGUUUGGUAAAUAUUUUGGUCGUGGGUGAAGUAAAGAAAUUAUGUAAGACAAGAUGCACAGCGAAGGUGAUCUGUCCUUUUUGUGUGGAGCUAGUGGAAGAGUCAGGCCAGAGGGUUUUGAUUGUAAUUUGAGCCCGCAUGAGGUCUUUGUAGUUUAACCUCUGCAUGCUACAUGCACUCUGUGUGGAGAUGAUCAUUCUGGGGAUCAUUUACGAGUUUUGUGAGUGUUUGCAAGAGCUGCUUUGCUGCUUAAAAAGUCCUGUGAUAAAAUGUUAUGACUGCUAAUAUUUUCCUGCUAUAUUGUAAACUGACUUCUUAAUAAACAGCCCAGAAGUGCUCAUCAUCUGUGUGUGGACAGUUUUGAGAUUUGCUGGAGAAGAGGUGCUGACAGCUCAUUGCUACAAUUAGAUGCAAAACAAGAGUAAUCUGCAUGAAGUAGAGAUACUUACUUUUUAGCUUGAACAUCAUUUGGACAGUCUGAUUUGUGAAGUGGACCUUGGCAACUGAUGUAAAAUCAUGGACCACUUUUUGGGGUUCUUGAGCUCAUCUUCUAUUGGAAACGCUGACCUAACCUUCAGUCGACCUAUAUGCACUGUGCAAAAUAAAGAAGAGAUGGAGAUGUUUUGGCAGGAUAUUCUGAAGGAUAACCCAUAAAUGAUGAGAUCUGUACUGAAAACUGUCAGACUGCAGUGUUGUAACAUUAGCUGAUGACCAGCCAACCUUCAAGGUUCAUGUUGCCUCAAUUGCUCUGUCUUUUAGAUUUGCCAUCUUUAACAGCAAGAGGAUCAGACCCUACCUGACAGAGCAUGCAACACAGCUCCUGAGUCAGGCUCUUGUAAUAUCAUACUCCUGCAACUCCUUACUGGCAAGCCUCCCUGCUUGCACAGUUCAACCUCUGCAAAUGAUCCAAAACGCAGCAGUACAUCUAGACUUCAACCAGCCCUGGACAGCUCAUGUCACUCCUCUGUUCAUCUUUCUUCACUGGUUGACUGUUGCAGCUCGCAUCAAAUACAAAACUCUCCUGGAGCCCCUCAUCCAGGUCUACACCCCUUCUCGCCCACUACCCUCAGCCACAGAAAGUCACCAGCCCGACUCUUGUCUUCUGUUUUCCCUAAUUGGUGGAAGCACUUUGUGGCUCUUACUGACCGUGUUUCUUCUUGUCUAGAUCUUUGCUUGUGUUGUUCUUGCUUUUCAAUCUACGUCACCUUGGAUAAAAGCAUCUGUUCAAUGACAUUGUAACUUGUCAAAUAUGGUCUCUGGUAUGGGACCACUAUGACACUGAUGCUGUAAUUUAAAUGCCACAUUUCUCACAUUUUUUAUGUCAGCUCAGUUUUUUAUGCUUCAGGGACAAAGAGUGAUCAUAUGCCACAUAUUUGUUUAGACUCCGGACAAAGACUUUUACGUUUUGGCAGGGGGCUUGUUUCAUUUCAUUAUUUUAGUCAACAUGGAUUAGGACAUUUGACACAUCUGGACGCAUUUUUUGAGGAUUUUGUUCGUUUGUUGUCCUGAUAUAAUGCCUAUCAAGACAUCUACAUAGAUUAUUAAGGAUUUUGAGAUUCGGGUCUAUUAUUGCUGUAAAGAUGAGUCUUUUCUAACAAGUUCAUGGCUUUUACAGCCAGCCUCAAGCAGACUCUCAGGAAAUUGCCGCUUCAAGCUCUUUUGCAUUUAUUUAAUUCCUCAAGGCUCCUUCUUCAGCUCAAUUUAAGAUGCUAACAACAGUCAUAAUUCAUUUUAAGUGUCUCAUCAAUACUUUUUGCAUAAAAUGUCUAAUAAAGGAGCUGCAAGCUGAGCCGCCCCUUAAGCCAUAUGAGCGUUUUUGAACUUUUUUGUCCAUGGUUGGAAUUUUUGUACUCUUUUGCAGGAUGCAUUUGUCUUUACCUACAGCUCAAAAAGUGAUUUUCAGUGAGCAGUGUGUUUCUGAGUUCACUUGAGCACAAAACUCUGCCUCAAUGAUGAGGCAUUUGAUCAAAUAGAACAGUUAAAAUAUCAAUAUCAGCCCGAAUUUCACUGCAGCCUCCGACUGAGAGCUUAUUUUCCUAUUCCUCUUUAGGGUGUUGUUUUUAAGAUUUGUUGGGUGGUCAUAAUAUGUGAUCUAUCGGUUUUUAUAAUUCACCCUGCAAAGAGAAAAAGACAGCCAGUUAUGGACAGUGAUGGAUAAUCACCACUUAGCCCUGAAUAGGGUCUCUUUGUGUUUAGUUCAACCUUUUUUGGCUUCAACUCUACCGUUCAUUCUCAAAAUAGAGCUGUCAACAAAGGUGGGAUUAAUAUGUAUAAUUAUGAAAUGCUUUACAUCGCUGUCCUUUUAUAAAAGUUGAUGAUGGCUCUUUAAGUGAUUUUCCCUUGUUGGAGCCUUUUUUCUCUCCUCGGGGUGAAUGCAUCUGAAUUAAUAAUAGUCUAAAUGUAAUUACAGGAGUGGAGACAUGAUGUUGAAUCUAGCCGAGGCACCGUUACAGCCCCCUCCCUCUUUUCCUUCUCAUCAUUUCUCUAAUUACAGCCCAGGCAGUCUCCAUAUCAGACACAGAUCACUGGAUGAGAGCUGAAAGGAAGGACUUGAGAGGAGUGGGAGACAUUUGUGGUCUCAAUAAAUUUAUAAUCUACUCAAUCAACCAGGGACAUGAUUAGAGGCCGUGCUUGUUAAUUUCAUACCAGUGAAGAUAAAAUGAAAUAUAAGUUAUAAAACAGACAGAAAAAGUCAGACUGGAGCAGAAGUAGAGGAAGAGUUUGAGAUGUUUUACUGCAGACAUAAAGUUUACCACAAACGUGCUUUUUAAGGGAAUCUACAGAAAGUCCUGUCCACAGGUAACAUAAAACUUCAAUUAGUAGUCAAGACUGCUAUUCGUUUCACUUGGCAAACUCAGCCUGCAUUUAUUCAGGAGAAUAAGACUGGUCUUUAAUUAUUUUCACCUUAGGUCUUCUAUGACUAAAAUCAAAAACAUCAUAUUGGUUGUGUGUCCUCUGCCGGCAAAGUUGCAGGUCAACUGGCAUUCACGUAAAAUCAUCCUUGUGUCACUCGCAGUGAUGUACUAUAAAUUUCUCCUGCCUUCAACCGGAUUCUCGCACCCUGAGGUGCCAGGCCUUCGUGCUUCUCCCUUUCACCACUGUUGGCCUCACCCUUUUGUCAUCAUGCCUGGAAAGAAGCCAGAGAUCAGAUUGGCUCUUGUCCAUUCUCUGAAUCUGUUUGGAUCAAUCAAAUGUGUUGUUGCAGCUUCUUCAGAGAUCUCUUCAGCAACGUUAAUGCAGCUACAGCCUGAAUUUAAGAUUAUAGUUGUCUCUUUGUCUUUGAUAUGAAAGUCCGAACAUUUCAAAAUAAUGCUUUCACACUGGGCAUGAACCAGACCGUGGUUCGAUAUGGUUUGGACCGAGACCACCUCUUUUUGUCGGACCAAGGUCUGAUUGUUUGGUCCUGACCAAGGUCCAGGGGAAGGUUCACCCCAAUUAUCUUAAUUAAGACCAAACUUAAAAGUCCGAAAGUCAGAUAACAUAGGUGUGAAAGCCCCCUUAUUAUUUGGGGGUCACUUUUUGAAACAACAAAUUAAUUAAAAAACUACCAGUUUCAGAAAAGUCGUUUCAGCAGAGAAAUCUCUGCAAAUCUUCAAAGGAUCUCCACUAUCACACUGAACAUACUUAUGCGGAAAUUGUUGAGUAUAAAGCAGUUUUCUGUAUGUAUUAGUGUUUCAAAAGUACAUUUAAAAUUGGUCUUAUUGCCCUCAGAUACUAAACCACAGAGAAUACAGUCAUCCUUUGAUAAUCCAUGAUCCCGUUUCAUGUCUUGACAUUAGAUUGGAGGCUGGAGAGGAGAUUUAUUCCCCCUCCCUGCACAGUGAUACCACUUCAGAGAAUAAUUAGAGGAGGAGAAUUCAAAGAUGGCAGAAGAGCUGGAAAUAAUCAGGUGAUACACCUUUGUUGCUUCAUUCUGUGACAUUAAUAUGGCAGGGCUGUCCUUUCACCACAGUGGAAAACUGUAAUGAGCAUGCUCAAACACUUGACCCUUAGAGGCUGCAGAGACCUCAGCAGAUUGACGAGGCGGACAUCAAUUAGAGAAGAGUCAUUACCCCAGCACAAUAUCCCUCCAGAGUUACAAACAAAAUUAAAGAGAUUUAAAGAUGUACCCUAUUACCUACUAUCAAGUUUGUGUGAAUUCACAUAAGUGGGUUAAAGGUGGGAUUUUAACAACUGAAUCAUGUUAUGAUUUUUUUCAAAGCUCCAGUGAGGCUUAAUUGGUAAUGAAACAGACUGAAAUGAACAGGGAUGUGACUCUAUAAUGUACAAAAACAAAAACAAAAAAAUAAAUAAAUAAAUAAACUUAAAAAAAUGACAACAAGAUUCACAACUUUGAUUGUCAUUUGUAAUGCCUUUUCCCAAUAGUGAGGGGGUAGAUGCUGAAUAAACCGCCUUUGUUACUAUUUUCACAGUUAAUACUCCCAGCGAGAGACUAAUUUCAUGGACAAAAAACAACUGAAGGAAUUUUUUUUUUUGUCAAUGAACUCUACUUAUACAAGAAGUAGACAAAAUAAGUAAGAUAAAUAAAAAAGAUAAAGAGAAGAUAAUAGACAUGUUCUCAGAAAGACAACGGACCAAAUUGUUAUUUGCAUCACCACCAGGAGUAAACUAAGCUGUGGUGUGUUGUGAAAAGCAACAUGGCAACUCUUAAGCCACCCAAAUGUCUGAAAUGCACAGGAAAUGUUGACAGCAACUGGUCAACUAUUAAGCAGCAGUUUUGAUUGUAUAUCACCGCAAUAGAACUGGAAUAAAAGCCAGGAAGGGAGCAUGAGGACAGCACCCUCUAGUGACGGGCUGCAGAACAGGUCAUAAAUCCCGCCUCCUCCAGCAAUCCUUAUGGAGCUGGGAACAAAUUUUAGUAAUUAAUUACACAGGAUAUAAAUUUUUCGCCCCCCUGCUUGCUAUUUUGCCAUGUAGUUAUUGUUAGACUGGUAUGUGUUCAAGUCCUUUUUUUUUCUAUGCAGCUCCAUUUUUAAAAGUUAUAAGGGGGGUUGUUUUUACUCUGAUUGACACUUGAUACAGCCUAUGGGCGUACGAAGAUUGCGUAGCUCAUCCGGGGGAUACACUGUUUGAGCCGAGCAUCAUCACAGCGACUCUCGGCGAUUCUACUGCACAACUACUGCGUAACUGGUGGUUCCAGGAAGUGGAGAAAAUCCCAGAAAUACCAAAAGCAAUUCAGCUUCAAAUUUGUACAAUGAUGGAAGGCGGAGCCAAGUGGUCCGUAGUAUAUACAGUCUAUGGUUCACACGAAAUGUUUUGAUAGGGUUCUGACUGACUUAAAGCUGAAAGCCCAGCCAUUCUACACUGGACUCCAUGAUCCAAGACCACGUCCUCUUCAGUGUGGAGGUCAAAAAGAUUAGAGAACAGCCUCUGGAGAAAUAAAGCUGUCGCUGGAAGGAGUCAUCAGUAUUUCGAAGCAAGUGAGCUGUCUCAAAUGCGUGUGAGGAUAUUGGGCGAAUGAGAUACAGACAUAGCUAAUGACAGUGAUGGCGUGGCUGUUGGUGCAGUCUCAGGCCAGGGAGGAAAGCACACACAGGCCAGCCCAACCUACACUGUGAACUGGUGACAGGAUGUUUAACUGCAAGCGCUGUGGCUCACAGCACAUGCCAAGACAGUAUCCAGCCUUUGGUAAGCAGUGCUCUCACUGUCAAGGAAAGAACUACUUUGCUAGACAAUUUCUCACAAAGAAAGGAGCAAGGCAAAGUAAGUAUGUAUGUAAACAUUAUAGAGGACAAAGGCCUGAGUAAAACGUUCUCAUUGUGAGCUGCGAAAACAAGCAUGAAAAAGAAAUAAAUGCCAUAACAGUGGGUGAACGGAUGGAACCACUAAUCAGCAUGUCUGACAGUAAAGUGAUGAUAAAUACACCAGAAACAAAUCAGAAUCAAAUGGACAACUAAACAAGAGUAUAACUGGCAAAAGCUUCAAAAAAUGCACUUGUGCUGGCUUUUCUUGAUCCCACAAAGAGGAUCAAAGUGUCCACAGACGCAAUUAGGACAGUGCUCUUACAAGGGGAAAGUGAGCAUUGGAAACCUGUGGCCUCUGCAUCAAGGUUUACAAUGAAAACUGAGCAUGGAUAUGCUCUAAGAGAGAAGAAAAGCCUGGGGUUAGUGUUUGGAUUCAGGGGGUUUCACAGCUGCACAUAUGGAUCACCCAACUUCACUGCUGAAAUAGAACCUGAAUGAAAUUAUACCAAGGAUUAAGAAUUUGAUCAUGAAAAUGCAGACGUGUGACUUUGAUCUGAUUUAUACACAACUGUGAGAGUGGGAAUAAUCUGGCCAUGAGCAGUCUUCAGAGCUGAGCCCAAAAGCAGGUGGUGAUUAGGUGAUCAGAUGCAGGUGUGGAGGUGCAGAAGCCAUAGUGUAAUGAUUGGUUUUCUUGAGGGACCCAAAAGCAGGUAGCGGAGGCAGAGAAAGCUUUAAGUGAUUUUAUUGUAAUGAAAAAUGAAGGAUGGUGUGAGGUCCAGGGUCCAAGGAGUGCAGAGGGAUCCGUUGUGAGGGGGUUGAGGCAGUGUGUGAGCUGAAGGAGACAGCAGGUGAGUGGUUCAGGAUCGAGAGUGUGGCAGUGGAGGCAGAGGUUGGGCAGACACUGGUGGCUUGAGGAGGCGCUGGUGGAGAAAGGAGGACAGCAGUGAUUAGUUACUUGCAAAACAUUCACUAGAACACUCUAAGUUUUUAAUACUUGAAAGAGUUGGUCGUGACACAACUGUGAGAGUGGGAAUAAUCUGGCCAUGAGCAGUCUUCAGAGCUGAGCCCAAAAGCAGGUGGUGAUUAGGUGAUCAGAUGCAGGUGUGGAGGUGCAGAAGCCAGUGCUGCUGAGGAGCUGCCCAACCUCUGCGAAAAGAAGGGGGCAAAACUCCACACACAAAAAACACUCCACCGAGCCAUAAAAGUGUCCAAAUACAGGCAUAGCUAUCCUAGUAUUAUCCAUAGACUGUAUAUACCAUGGUCAACUUGGCUUCACCUUCUGUCAGUACACAAAUUUGAAGCUGAAUUGCCCUCGGUAUAUCCGGGAUUUUCUCCAGUUCCUGGAACCACCACCGCAGUAGCAUUUGGUGGGAGAGUGGCCGAGAGCCGCUGUGAUGACGCUCAGCUCAAACUGCGGCUCUCCUGGGUGAGUUUUUAGAUCUGCGUACGCCCAUAGGCUGUAUCAAGUGUCAGUCAUAGAAAACAUGAACCCCUAACAACUUUUAAAAAUAGAGCUAUACAGAAAAAAGAGGAGAAAAAUUUAUAUUCUGUGAAAUUAAUUUCUAAAGUUUAUCCACAGCUCCAUGGGGAUUGCUGGAGGAGGUGGGACUUAAGACUUAUACUGCAGCCCGACACCAGAUAGUGCUGUUCUCAGAUGCAGAUGGCGUCCAUUUUAUAUACAGUCUAUGCUAUUAUCUCUAAGUUUUUCUGCCCAUUUUUAAUAGAAAACAUCACUUUUGAAUUGUCAUUGUCAAGAAAGGCAGUUGCAUUUUAUUAAGUCAACAAACAACUCUUAUCAUUUUUAGCUAGCUAUCUAUGUUGUUGAACCCAAACUGUUUCCAAAAAUUUUCAGUGCUGUGAUUGCAGCAAACAUCCUUUUUUUUUUUGCUGAAAAUUAUCAUUGUUUAAAUUUGUUGAGGUCAAGUGCCAUACAAUGGUCAGGUAGCGAUGAGUCUGCCCUCGACUGAUUUUAAUGGCCUAAUGCACUGAACAGCUGUAUAUUAUUUGAAUUCAAAUAAUCCGUUACAGUUCAGUGAUAGUAACCUUUAACCACUCAUUUGAAUGAAGGCUUGAAUUUCUAGUAAACAGUGACAGCUCACCUCAAAGUUUGCCUCAUUGCAGUGAUAUUAAACAGUAUUACAGGCUACUUGCAUCACAAUUAUUUAAAUGUUGACAUAUAUGUGCUGACAUUUGACAUUCAUUAGGUAUGAUUAAAAGCACAUAUCGAAUGAGUUUUGUUUGAUUCUGAAAAUGCACAGUUGAAUUAUUCUGUGUUAUUCUGCCUACUUUGAUUUAACCUGUCCUACUCCAACAUUUACUGGAUCCAUUAUUAACCACUUGUAGUGAAUAAAAGUUCAAAAAUGGUCACCACUGAUUGAAACAUCCCUCAGCAGAGUUUAUUUCACAGAGAAAUAACUACAGUGUCACAGCUGCUCUGCAUUCUGCUACUGUUAGCAAGUGUCAUUCAGAAUGGCCUGGAGCUGUCCGCUGCAUUUUACUCCUUCGAUAUCGUCUGAUGACUGUUUCAUUAUCAUCCUCCGUGCUGCCUCUGACUGACACGCCGUCUUGUUCAGUCAGAAAACUCAUUGAAGCAGACCCACAGAAGCAGCGUGAAGGUGUGAAGCAGAUAAUGCAGCAGCUCACUCAGACACUGUGGAGGGCAGAAUGUGCUGCGCUCCUGCAGAAUUAUCUAUUCUAUCUGCUUCUUGGCAGGGUCAAAAGAGGCGAGGAGGUGGCACGCCUCAAGGAAAUUAAUCUCCCUGCAUGCCUUUUAUCAAAGUCUCACCUGAAAGAGGAGAUGGUUCUGUCUUCUGCUGAGUCUUUUCUUCUGGAGUGUGCAAAAUCUCUUUGUCAGGACCUCACUUGAAGCUCUUUUUGCUGCCUGAUUUGCCGUUUCUGCUGCGUUUAGUGGCAUUUCCAUCUGUCAUUUCUGUCUAAGAUGUCUGCAUGAGUUGGGGCUCAGAUCUAGCAGCAACAUGAAGUCCACUGUCCUCCCACCACCACCACAGCUGAAAUGUUAACUCGUUUAAGCAGUCUGAUCAUCAGUUACAGUCCUGACAUGUCUGUAAUACUCUGGUGGAUCCUUGUUUGGACAGCUUGAUCAAUGAAUGGAGAGAUAGCAUCUGUUUAGGUGUCCGUGGAGGCAGGCAAGAUGGCAGCAUCACUGAGAUAUCACUAUCACAUUUAUCAGUGUAACUGUAACCUGGAUUUGUUUCUUCAUUUAAAUACUGGUCCUUUUACAAGUUUUAAGAUAUCAGGUAAACUUGCUGGUUAUCCCCUGUUUAACAUAGAGCAGUAGUGCACAAUGUUUUUUGGUAAUAAUAGAAUAAGUUUAUUGCUCCUGCAGUGGUGAAAGGUGUUGAAACAGAGCAAUGUAUGAGCUAGUCUUACCUGCACGUCUCAGUUUAAAUUUUAAACUUUGCACAAAGACAGACAUGGCAGGUUCCCAAAAGUGAUGCCUAAACAUUUGAAACUCACCUUACUGACUGGUUGCAGUAUUCAUAAAGCCCUCUUCCAUUGUAAUAGAUGGGCCAUGGGUCAUUUAAAAACAGGAUUUUCUUAUAUUGAGAGGCUUUUAUUCAACCGCAGAGACAGCUGACAGUACCGUUUAUCUGUAAAACCAGUUUUACUCCUCAAACAUGUCCAUAGAUCCAUAAUUGUGGUGGGAAUCACAGCUUUUUUUGGGUGAUUUAUAAGUGUGUGUGUAUUUUACCUUAACUAUUAAUUUAUACUUUGGUGGAUCAGUACCAGAAUAAAAUCACACCAUCAAGCACAGAUCCUCUGAACACCAUCAUUGUCCUCCUUGUCUGCUCUAAAACAAAACAAUAGAGGUAAACUGAACAGCUAUUUCUCAUUUUCAUAUUAAUUGAACUUUGAAACGCAGUGAAGGUAAACAAAAGAGGGACAGCUCCAUGAAAACAGACCUUUAACAUCACUGCCAUGACAGCUGCUUGCCAAACCCUGCAGCUUGUCAUUAGAGCUGAGCUGCAAUAUUGGCUUUUAUCCUACAUGGUGUGUCAUAAGGACAAUCAAGGUCUCUUCAGGACACCUCACCACCAACUGACCAAAAAUCUAGCAUGUUUUUUAUUCCUGCCUUGUCACAUUAGGGACAUUAACCAAAGAGAGCACAGAGCACUUUGCAUGCACAGAAGUAACAAGUGUUAACACGAAAAAGAGAUGAGGCAAAGGACGGGUUAUACAGUUUCUGCAACAUAGUAAGAUAGAGAACAACUGACUGAACAAAGAGAAAUGUUGGUCAGAAAUAGUUAGAUAUCUCCCCUCCAGGUGUCAUUAAGUCAAGGCCCUUUAACUUAAUGAUCAGUGUUUAGCCUUUAUGCAUUACAAUGAACAAACUCAUACUUAGAAAACAGCAAAAUAAACAGCCCUCUUUGCAACUCACAUAUAUGGUCACUCUGGAGAUGUUUAAUGGAUGUUUACAUUUCAGGAGGACCCAACAGGUAUUGAGAUUUGCAGAGUUCUUGAUUUUACAGUGGCCAAAGUAGAUUUACGGCACUUAGCAUGCAUUCAUGUGCCACCAGGAUUCAGAUGUGGUUAGCAGUGCUGAUGAAGUCCGGUUAAAAAACAUGGGGUUUUACAGAGAUGGGGUGUUUUGAUCGUGUAAUACUGCAAGUGUUUCUUUGUGCUUUUCCCUUUCACUGCAGGGGAUGGGAAAACUAUCUCACCUGCACUGACCUCUAAGAAGACAGCUUUUUAGUGGUGGUGCUUUACCCAGAUAUUCAGCAAAGAAAUUAUAGUUACACCUGUUUCUAAUUCUCCCAAACUGCUUAUAGUACAGCAGCUUAAGUCUGGAAUAUAAAGGAAUCGUGCAUUUUGUGAUAAAAGCAUGAAGGCAUGGAGGCAUCAUGAAUUUUCAACAUGGCGGCCAUGGCAGCCAUUUUUCAAUAUGGCCACCAACAACAACUGUUUUCUUAUAAAUGAUGGAUAUAAUAUGAUAUUUCAAAGUUAUUUACCAUACAUAGUACUUGUUAAAUGUCUUUUGGAUAGUGAAGCAAUUUCAUUGAAAAUUCAAAAUGGCCGCCAACUGGUUAGAUAUGGAUAUCUCUGUGUCAAAACGUAAAUUUUUCUUGAUACAGAAUUUGCAUUAAGAACUUUAGAAUUAUCAAGAGUCUUCUUUCCAUCUCACAAGGCUAAUAUUAAGCAAGACAAACCCAGUGUCUAUAACAGGGAAGACUAUUCACACUUGCCUUCACAGAAACAAAGGGCUGUGCACUGUAAGUGGGCUUUUUUGCACUUGCACUGCCCAACACAACCCUUCUUGCAUUUGCAAAAGACCAGUUCAUAACUGGACUGGCCAGCAUCUGGUAGGGAUGUCCAGAAGGGUUCAAAGUCUCCCUCAGAUGUCUUUGACCAGCCCCAUUUACACGGUGAAGGUAGUUCCGGUGUUGACACCAGGCCUGUACCCCACACGUGGCCUCCUUGGUAUACUGCUCUCUUGACAUGCUCUUGUAGGGCAGCCUUGGUGGGAGGGAUUGCUUGCACAUUGUGCCUCUUUGCCAAUAACUUCCUCCUUGCCAUAUUGAUUUCUGUGCAUGUGCUGGUUCGGUCAUAGAUUAAGAUAAUGAACCUCAGAACAAGGUCCCAACCAAGCCGAACUCCUGAAAUGAGACAGGACAUCUGUUUCUGUCCCCGAUUUCCAGGGACAGAUGACCUGUCCCCGGCAAAAGCUGUCCCAGAAAAUGUCCCCGAUUUAACCGUUUCAUGAAUGAGAGCAAAAAUGUUGCGUGUGGGCUCGAACAACGGUUAUUACAGUAGCCGAAUAGGUAGGAAGCACAAGUUAGCAGUCCUGAACAACAGCUUUUAAGGGGGUUAUUACAAGGGGCAUGCCCUGCUACUAAAUAGUACCGAGAUUUUGUCCGUCAUCACACAGCCCCUGGAGCCCCUGCACCGCCGCCACACCGAAUAUCCCCGGAUAUCAUUACAGACAUCUGGCCACCUUACUUUAGCACACAUUAGCAAAAUGGAUAAACCGAAAUCCGAACCUCCACUGCUGAGCCAAUCAGAGCACAGCAGGCUUCACAGCAGCGAUCCAAUCAGAGCAAAGCUCAUUACCAUAAAUGUUAAUGAGCCAAAACCAGUUGGUUUUCCCGUACGGUUUUUUAGGCAUACUAAAACAAACCAUCAAAUAACUUUUCAGCUAAAAUUAUGUUGCAAACAUGAUCAGAGGACAUCAAGGAUUAUGAAAAAAUGAUAAAAAUGGGUAUGAAAUUUUGAUGGCAGGUCCCCUUUAAAGACAUUUACCAAGUACUAUGUAUGGCAAAUAAGUCUGAAAUGCCAUAUUAUAUCCAUCUUUCAUAAGAAAACAGUUGUUGCAGGCGGCCAUAUUGAAAAAUGGCCGCCAUGUUGAAAACUCAUGAUGCCUCCACAUCCAAAUCUUUUGGGAAUGCCUUUGGCUAUAAGUGUACCAAAUUUCAUGCUUUUAUCACAAAAUGCACAAUCGUUCUGGCUAUCUGCUGCACUAUUAUUUUUUUCCCAUAUGAAAUUAGUAAAGCAUACUCAAAUUGGACUUUUUGGCUUUUAAAUUAAGUAUCAAUAAUUGCCAAUGAUUAUACAAGAAAGGGCAAAAGUUCAUUUGGCAUACAAAAUAUGAAUGAGGUAUUAAGGCUUGACUGACAGAUAAUUGAGAUGCAACUAAAUAAGAUGAACAAAAACUAGUUCAUGUAUUGAACCAUAAACUUAGUUCAAAAUUUAAAGAAAUAUUCUGUGAGCAUGAAUUUGUUUAUUUUAGUCUAUAUGCACUGAACCAACCAAGCCUGAUUUUGGUGUGAGCUUGUACAACAUAAAUGAUUGGUCUGAUAUUGUGUAAUCUGUUGUGUCCAUGUCUGUCAAAGUCUUGUCACAAAGUAAAGGCCCUGUGAUUAUGUAUUUGAAACAGAGUCCAAUAGCUCAGUAUUCAAACAUAUUAAACAGUGGUGACUAAAGUUAAGAUACUCCAACAACACAACCAUCAUCACCAACUUGAAAUUUGGACAUUUUUGUCUAUUUGUUGCAUCUCUGCAGCUCCUGCUGAUACUGUUAAAGGGCAUGGUUUCCUCCCUCUCCAUUUAUCAACUUUAUAUAACUGAUUGAGUCCUGCCACUGCAGCUGACAGUCUUUUAAUUUUUAGAGUUAGUUUCAGACCUGUAUCCCCCCAAGGAGCUCCUCUGAUUUCGAGACUUAUCCAGCUGCAGCUCAGUAAAUGGAAUCAACUGUAAAGAGACUGGCUGGAGAAAUUAGAUCAACAGAGCGCCUCUAUACUCUGCAGGGUGGAGAUUCAUUUACAGUGCACAUACAAAUACAGUAUAUAGACCAGCUUUCAGUCCAAGCAUUGUCAUUUAGCUGGGGGAUAACCUGUUUUGCUUGCAAGAAACUGGGGAGCGGCAAAAUAACUUUUUUUGGACCAAGCACAGAUGUUAGCCAGAUCUCACUGUUAUUCAGAAGAACAAAUAAAAAAAAAUAAAAGGCUUAUCAUUUUAGAAAUGCUAUUUUUAAAUUUGGUAACUUAUGCUGAAAAAAGACUGCAAGAUGAAAGGGCAAGAUUAAGAAAGUUUUUCCAACCAAAGAUAAAAAUGUACCGCCUAUGACUUACAACCUUUAAUGCUUUUUGUAAAGGUAUUUAAUUACGACUCACUCAGGGACACAGGGGAGGGCAAAGUAAGUGAUUUGGAUCUGAUGACAGCUGCAAACUCUCCAGAAUCAUUUACUGACUCCGUUUUCAACAUAUUACUCAAAUUAACCUUUUCACUCACUUUGACUCCCUCAUCAGCCCCCCACCUCUCCCUCUCAAACACAGAGAGGUUGAUGAGGACAAUGAUAAUGGUUGGUGUGUUUGAGCUGCACUACAACACAUUAGUCUGAUGACAGAAUAACAAACAGGACAGAGAUGGUAUUGUGUGUGGAACUGGCAGGACACCUGAGCAUUAUCAAUCUUAUCUUACAGUGUUGUCCGUACUUCGUCGGUGCCUGGCGGACAUUACAGGAUUUUUCUAAGUGAUCAAUGAUUUGUGUAGCAUGUAAGCUGUAAACAAACUGUUAUUCAGAUGAGAGCAAACUGCUUCAGGGACAGACCUUGUUUGACUCUCAUUAUUCUGUCAAGAUUACUGUAAUUGUGAGGGACAACAGAGUAAUUUUAAAGAACAAAACAAAGACUUGAGGGUGUUCCUGAAGAUGGAGGCUGAUCUUCUCCACCUCCUCACCUUGGUGAGACUUCUUGUUCCUGCUGAAGCUCUACACCAAAGAUGCUGGUUUUCAGAGUGUGGACCUUCUCCUUCUGUUUUUGCUCAGCCUCUUCCUCAUAGUCUUUAUUAAACUGAAGUUUAAACUUGGAUAAAAUGCAGCCACUGCAGAAGUUUAAAAGAUUUUCCUUUAAAUCAGGGUCCUUGGUCCUAACACUCUUUUGGUCUCAUUCCAAAAAUAACAAUAUUGCAUAUUUUUUCCCAAAUGUGGACACAAUAAAAAUAAAGAUGUUAUAUAUUAAUACAAUUUUGUUCUUCUUAAACUGCUUCAGUCCUGCUCAUGAAAUAACAAUUACGUAGCUGAUUUCAAUGAUAACUCACCAGCCUGUGCAAAACCAUCACAUAACAUGGCUAACCAACCCAGUAUUGGAUCUCAGUCUGCUAUCAUCCCUCCCAAGUUAUCAGUAAAUUAAUGUAAUAUGGACAUGGCCAUAAGUUCUGUGCAUCAGUCUGGUUUGUCAUUUGUAGGAAUGUGUUUCACACACUUAAACAGGCGGUAAGCAGGUUUUCAUCGAGGUGUCUACUAUGGAUGUGGUUUCUCAUCGCUCCGGUAGAGUGGUUAUAAGCGAGUUUCUUUUUACACAGCCGACAGAUGACCUUGUUGUCAUCUGCUGCAUCAAAAUAAUAAACUGUGCUGAUUUUCUUGUGCGGUAGGACGUUUGGAAUUGUCAUGCUGCUGCAUUCAACUUUCACACUGAAACAGUAUUCAUAACAAAUGCCUUGCAUUGCAUUGGCAAACGUAUCAGAAAUGUAUUUCUCUUUAAAUGGUUCACCUUUAUUCAGUCAGUUGUUGUUACAUCACUAGAAUUUAAAUUAACAGCUUUUCCUGAAUGUUUGGGCUAAAAUAGCUUCUAAAUACACAAAACAUUUGCAUUUUAAACUUUUAAUUUAAUAUGUGUAUUAAAUCGCACGUUUUCUUGCUUAUAGACUAGUAAACUAGUCGCAAUAAAAUUUGCGACUAGUCGGCGGGGAAAUUAGUCGAAAUUCCCAUUCCUAGUACCAGCAAAUCUAGCCAUUAUGUGUGAAACUCCCUACAGACUGAAGUGCAUCCAGAUCUGUAGCUGUUAUCUCAGCAUGAAGAGCUGAAUUAGUUUUUCUUUCUUACUCCUUUAAGGGUUUGAAAGUGGCAAGUGCAUGUCUUAGAUUCCUUUCUUACAUCCUGCAAAGUGGAUUCAAUGACAAGUCCCCUAUGGUGGUAUCUCUGUACGGAUUUGUACAUGCCAUCUCCUGAUGUCAUUACAGUUCAUAUUUCAUUAUAAGUUGCCAUGGUGCUGUAGGAGAUGGUUGCCUCUCCACUACUCCUUAGCACUACUGAGUGCUUUAAACCUCUCUUUUCACACAUACCUUUUUUACUCAUUUUAAUCUUCUUACAGUGACAUAGUGUUUUCUGUUCUUUUUAUUUAUUUAUUUAUUUAUUUUUAUUAAAUUUAAUUUUAUUGAGUUUGUUUUUAUACAUUUACCAUAGACAUCCCCAAAAUCAUCUCAGACUUUAAAAUCCAAACUAGAGUCAGUUUUCAUGCUUAUUUGAAAGAGGAGCUGCUGGCUCUGAAAACAGUGGGAGGACAUCAUCCUCUACCUGCUCCACUGUGCCCACUCACAUCUGGAUAAGGGGAUUGACACCAUGAGGAUCCUCUUUCUGGAUUUCUUGAGUGCCUUCAAUACUAUCCAGCCCCUUUAGCUUGAGGACAAACUGAGCAGGAUGAAAGUGGACCCCUGUCUGGUGACCUGGAUCUCCAGCUACCUCACCAACAGAGCACAGCAUGUCAGAAUAAAGGACAUAAUGUCUGACACUGAUCAGCAUCACUGAAGCACCUCAGGGGACAGUGCUGGCCUCUCUUCUCUUUACCCUGUAAACAGCAGACUUCUGACAGAGAGGAGGAGUACAGGGACCAGGUGAGGGACUUGCUGUCUGGUGUUAAAGGAACCAUCUGCUCUGCUCCUUAACACCUCAAAAACCAAGGAGCUGGUCAUUGACUUGGGGAGGUCCAGACCAAGGUCAAGACCAGCUCUGAUCAAAGGAGUCAAGGUGGAGGCUGUAGACUCAUACAAGUACUUUGGACUGUGGCCAGAAAACAAGCUGGACUGGACAUUAAACACGGACCAUCUGCACAGGAAAGGACAGAGUAGGCUGGACUUUCUGAGGAGGCUGCGGCCUUCGAACACCUGCAUAAAACUCCUGAGGAUGUUAUAUCAGUCCAUGGUAGAAGGUGUCCUUUUUUACACUGUGGUAUGCAGGAAGUGGGGGCAGCACAUUCACGAAAGACACAUCCAGGCUGGAAAAAUUGAUCAGAUGAGCAGGCUCUGUGAUUGGCAUGAAUCUGGAUUCUCUGUUGACAGUGGCAGAGAAGAGGACUAUGGACAAACUACUGGACAUGAUGGACGAUGCCAGUCACCCUCUGCACACCACCAUCAUCUACCAGAGGAGCCUGUUUAGUGACUGUUCAAUGCAGGACCAACAGACUGAAAAACUCCUUUGUCCCUCAAUGCCAACAGACUUCACAGCUCCUCUCUGGGGAGGAGGACGGGUAACCGGAGCACAAAGGAUGGGGAGUAGCAGCAGCAGUAGUAAUAAUAGUAAUAGUAAUGUGCCAAUGUUAUGUCUUACUUUUUGUAUGUAAAUACACAUCUUUAUCUUAUAUAUAACUUGCAUUUUUUUUUAAAUUGAAACCAUUAUUUUUAAGUCAUAGUAGCUGUAAGGGUUCAUCUUUUAAAUUAUCAGAUUCAUUUUCUAAAGCGUGGUGAAUGCACAAGGUUUCGUGAAAGUCCAUCCAAUAGAUGCAAAGGUAUUUAAGUCUAAAUUAAAGUGGUAAAACUGCAGACAGACUGAGACCCUUGGAGCUGUGCUGCUAACAAUGCCAUAAAAGCUCUCUUUCUCAGCAUAGCCACAGCAGAGGCAGCUUUUUAUGAGUACACUCACCGAUAAAACCUCGUACAGGCCCUUUAGAAAUAAAGGUCCAAUAAAGCACCUAAUAAACUGGCAUCCUUUCAGCAAUAUUAAUGUAAGUCAAGCACUCAUGGUAAAGCAGCUCUGCCGUAAACACAACAGAUACAUUUCACAGAACUACUAGGCUGUAUCUGAAUAACACAGCAUAAAAAUAAGCAUCAUGUUUUAUAUAAUGCUAAUAAUUUCCCUCUGUAUCUGCCUCUUCUAUACUGGCCGGCUGACAGGUACCUUCAUAUAACCCAGCUCUGUUAAUGUCACUCUUGGUUUCACUGAGGCCUGAAAAGUCUGAGUGCUAAUUCACAGUUCAAUCAGGUCGCCUCAUAAAGUCCAACAUUAACGGGCAGCAGGAGUGAGGCUGACCUUUUGUACGGCAAUAAAAGUAAUAAAGUCAUGAUGAGUCAUUAUUAGAGGCUGACGCUGUCUGAGCAUCUUUCUGUCAGUUACUUUAUCAGAUCACCCAACAACAAGCUGAUUUAAACCUAUGAAAUGAUCCGUGGAGAACAACACAAACAGCUGUACCAUAUGAAAACAAUGCUCUUUCAUUGUAAUAUUGCAGCAAAAAAUAUAUAUAUAUACCAUUGUCACAAGCCCCAAGGUGGUAACUUAAAAUAAAACUCUAAAUGAGCACAGCGGUAAUUGCAGUGACAAGACCCAUGCAUGUUAUCCUUCUCCGGUCAUGUGACACACAGAUACAGAUGCUGUCAGAAAGCUGUUUUACUACACCUCAUGUGUACCUGCGCCUACAGUGUGCUUCAGUCAAUGGGUUGAUAAGGCAACUUACCCAUUGCCUGGUUUAUGCUCAGUACUGAUAUACUGUGAAUUUUGAUGUGGGUCUGGAUGGUGCAUGAUGCAGACUGCAGCUGUAUGUGAGCCUCUAAUAUCUUCUAAACCAGAUAAGGUUCUGAAAACUUGUUGUUACCAAGUCUCACUGAUCUCUCAGUUUCCACACCUACACCACAAGGUAACUUGGAUUUCUCCUGGCACAGAAUUUUAUCCCCUCUCCUUCGAUCCAUUGACUCUCAUUCUUACUCAGUACGACAUAAAGGUGUUCUUGGGUCUGCAGUAAAUUAUCACUGUCAGACUCACUUAACAGCACAUGAGUAGGCUACACACGAAAGAGACAUCCAGGACUAGUGCCAAGACAAGGUAGCUGUCUGAUGACAUUCAAACUCCAACAAUAUUACUCUAACAAUUUAACAAUUUUUCUUAAAAAUUAAAGGUAGACUGGAAGAGCUGACCCCAGUGGAUUAUUGUUCCGCUUCAGUUCUGGAUCUCUGGCUGGUGUCUCUGCAAAGGGGCGGGGUUGACAGGAUCCCUGUGGGUAAAAAAAAAAAAAAAAAAACUACCUCGAUAGUUAUCGCAACUUGAUGUUGAUUUCGUCCCUAAAAGUCCUAUCAAAUGUAAAAAGACAUGGCAUCGGCACCAUGGGCUCUUUUUCAUCAGAGCGUGAUAUAUUUUCUUUUUUUUUGUAUUUUUUUUUUUGAGGAAAUAAUGAAUGCUGUUGCUAAAUGUCAUGUCUGUUGGCAAGUUCAAACCUGAAGUAUUGAUGAAUUCAGUCUUUAAAAAGCCGUUAGUGAAACCCUGAGCGAAACACGAAGGAGAGAUCAAACCUAAAAACUGCAGCGGCAACAUGUAUAUGUCUGGGUAACCCUGUAUGAGUUUGCGUGUGUGUGGCACAUACAGUAUAUAACCACUCAUGCGUGUGUGUUAGUGCCUCUGUAUGUGUGUGUGCGUGUGUGUGUGUGUUUGUGUGUGCGUGUGCUGCUUGUGCAGAGAGCUGAACUGUGCUGGUGGCAGGGGAGAGCUUUGAGCUGCUGGAUGCUGUUUUGUGAGGAUGAUUAAUGACCAGACUUUGUGCUCAGCUUUGUGAAACACUCGCAGCCCUGAAGUCUGAUCUUCUAACACAGGGAGAGAUGGAGUGGAUUGAAAAAUUACUCUGUGCCUCAUUAACAACACAAUUUCAAAAGAAAAAUAAAAGGCGAUCAAACUGCAUAAGGUACAACAUGUUGUUUUUAUGCAUAAAAUAGUCCAACGUGUUCUUAUUCCACAGACAAACAAUCAUGCAGCUUGGUCAGCCGUCCAUUUCAACAAAUCAGUAUGCUUUAGGCUCUAAUCUGGAGCCAUUUCUAAAAGCUCUCCUCAAUAUCAUGGUUUUCAUGUUUUCAAAUUAUUUUAAACCACCAAACAUCAUUUUAAUAGCAGGUCAAGGGUUAUCUAACCUCCUUACCCACUUUUCCUCAGGUGAGCUCCUUUUUUUUCUUUAAGUUGUAUCCUACAGCUCUGUGUACCUUAUCCCUCAGCUGUAUAUACCUUCAUUUUCCAGAUGAAUGAACCUCCACUGAUUUGAUUCCACGUUUUCCUGUCCCUGGGCAAGACUUUGGAUAUCUGUGUUUCAUUCAUUUUCUUCCUUUUUAGUUGAUUACAAACAGUUAUCCUGAGUUCUUUCGAAAUUUCCUGCACAAAAUUAGUUGGCGACAGGCUAAAUUAGUUUGCUACUUUAAUGUCUCCAUCCAUUCCAGCAAAAAUCUGAAACUAAACUACUAGGUAGAAAAAAUCAGAUAUAAUGUUUGCUUGGAUAUUGAUCCAAACAACCUCUCUCAUGGGAUUCAGCCAGAUUAGACCAUUUUUCUCUGUGAAGGUGUUUUUAUGAAGCAUUUUCAUUCUGUUCAUGACUUUAUUCACAUCAUUAGUCGUCCAUGUAAACACAUGUUGAACUAAAGCUACUAUUUUGACAGUCUAAUCCAUUUUCAGAUCCAAGCACAGUCUACAGUUAGUGUUUCUAGUUAUUACAUUUAUUUCGGAAGCCUGGCUGGACAUUGCAAAUUUGAAAUUUCUAACCGUUGUACCAAGGUAUUGGUAACUUUACACCUUGAUUUUAAAAUUUCAACCAGAUCUUAUGUAUUUCUUAUUGCAAGCUUUAAUUUGGUGUCAACAUACCUGUGAAACUGAGGCUGGAGAGGAGUGGUCAUCAUGUAAUUAGUUAGUCAGAGUAGGCUGGAGGCAAAUCAUUGAGCUUAUGCUAUGACUGACACGAGAAACUCCAAUUGAUUCUAAAACUUGUUAUUCUCAUGUCAGCCAGGUCUUUUAUAGGAACAUUAAUUACUCAUGCACACCUGUGCUGACACUGCUGCAGUGUGGUGAUAUUAGAUCAGUCUUUAAGCAUCAGUUGGAUUGACUGAGCUGCCUGUUCCACCUGCAGCAGCAGCCUUUAUUUUUACUCUCUGGCUUUAUUUUCAUUUUCUCCUCGGCACAUGUUGAUGCUCUACCUAUUUAUCCCUAACCUCACCUUAUCUUCUCAUGCUUGCUGUCUUUGCACUUCUCACUGCUGAUGCAUCUGCCUGUGUACUUACUUUUCUUCCUCUGUCUGUUUGCCUCUAAUUGACAGUCAGGUCCUCCUUUUGCUUUCUGUCAGCACUGGCCUCGUUUCUUUGUUUUUUCAGCUACUAUUUACCUUCAUAAAAUCUCCUCAAUCCCUCUGUUUGUUCAUAAACCCCCUCUGUUCCAAAGGCACCGUCCUCUCCUCUGAUAUGUCACCUGGAUUAUAGUGGAUGACAAGGUUUACCUGCAGAGUCUUUGGUGGCAGAGUGCAUGAAUAUUUAUAGGAAGCAUCUUCAGGAUUGUUUUUUUCUGAGUUUGCAGGAUUAAAGUAUCAGCUUAAUCAUGACCACAGGUUUGAGGAAUAACCAGGAAAAUAUUUGAUGGAUAAAGUAACACAAACUUCAUGACUUUUUUUGUUUCAUUGAAAAGACCUAAACACUUAGGGCUCUAUUUUGGUGCCUCGCCGGAGACGUGCCGCAAGCGCAGCGUCAGUCAGAUCCGCCGUGCUGACAAGGCGUUCCCAAGCACAUUUUGGUAUUUUGGUGAGCCGCGCAGCCCGGCGUAAGUAUCCCCCCUCCCUAACUCAGCUCCUCCCAGCACCAUAAGUCGUAGAUGGGGAGGAGAGAGGGCGUGUAGUGGGUUUAACACAGCCGAGACCUGUUUUGACCAAUCACAUAAGCUCCUCUCCUUGCCUUUAAAUCCACCACAGGCGAGGCGUAUUACUAUUUUCAUGAAGUAGUCAAAGAGAUCAAGAGAUGUCUUAAGACAGUAAUGCCACAAGAUGGCGACAGAGGGCAGCUCCUCAACAAGUGUCCUCCACACUCUCUCAUAUAAGCACAGAUGGAUUUGGUGUGUGUAAUGUUGGACCCAGUGGUAAGACAAACACCCUUUUCCACAAAUAAAGACACUCAAAUAAAGUUGCUCAUAUUCAAACCUCACGUGACAAAGGUGGGUUGAGCGCACAGAUCACAACAUAAACUCCAAAAAUGGCAUUAAAAUCGGAACCAUCUGUGCGUAAAUGACGCAUCGCACUCUGUGGCCUGGCUCUUUCUUUCAUAGAUGUUGGCAUAUAGAAUAAAUUUGGCCCACAAAACUGAAUAUUAUAAUAUCCAUAUGUCGGCUUAAAGUAGAUAACGCAUCUGAGCACUGAAAAAAAUCAUCUGUUCAGCCGCAGCAGCAGCAAGACGGACAGAGGACACGGAGACGUGUCCAGGUCGAGCUGUGCGAGAAAUAAGAGGAAGAGGAAGAAAGAAAAGGAGGGAGACGAAUUACAUAUCUUGUUAACUUCAUCAUGUGUGUCUAUUUACUAGAUAUUUAAUUUCAGCUGUGUUGAUUCGGUCAGGUUGUGUGUCCAAACGCGUGCCAAACGCGCUCAUCAGAUCACAUAUAGAUCAGAAUAUAUCAAUAUAGAUCUAAAUGUAUGUGCUGACUCAGAUUAAUAGUUGUUGAUGAUUAUUUAUUGCACUGAAAUGUGCCUGACACUGUGGAAACCUGCCGGUGAGGCAUCAGUGACGUAUGUCGAUACGCCGCCGGUCUACCAAAAUACUACUAGACCAGCUGCGUUCCGCCUUGCGCUGAAAGCUGACCAGGUUUGAAUCGGCGAGCUUUCAGCGCACUUUACACGCUGGUGGCGAGCACGAAAAUGUCACUGCGCCAGCUGAUUCUGUCGACACCUCCCCCUGCCACGCCACCACGCCCAGCUUGGCGGAUCUCGGCUCGCCUCCGUGCGGCUCAGUCCACGAAAAUACCAAACUGGCUGUACGCCGGGCUCCGCCAGACGAAAAUACAACUGCGCGGGGCUUGCCGCCCUCCGCCGCCUCACCGGCGCGCACGAAAAUAGAGCCCUUACAGUUUAGGAAAACUAUUGACCUGCAGAGGUGGAAAAUUAGUCAUGGGCAUUGUGUUUAUAACUCCCAACUAUUAAGUUACUGCAUGCUGACUGCAUUAGUUGCUUCUGGUCAGUACUGAAGAAAAUAUGACUAUGAUAAAGAUUUGUAGUAACAGCUACUAAGGUAGCUGAUAUUGAGCUGUGCCUUGAUACAUGAGAAGUCUCCGACUUGCAGGUUUUAUUGCAAAAACACUGAUCAUAAUGAGGUCUCGUGGUUUUAACGUAAAACUAUCCUACACCAGCAAGUCAUUGGUGUAACUUCACCUUGCCUAAAAUAUCCCUGUGGCACCAGGGUAUAUAGGUUUUUGUUGAUUCCAGGCUAAACUUUCCCACAGUCCACCAUAAAAAAAUUUAAAAAACAAUAAAGCCAAUGAUGCAAAAAAAGAUUUUAAAAAAUGCAUAUCGUCAGGGAUGCUUUCCUAGUUGAAAGGAUCAUGGUGUGAUCCUUUCAACUAAGGGUUUAGGCCAUUUUACCAGAGAUGGCCAGCAUUAUCAAAAGAUGAUUUAGGCUAAAAAUGUAUUCUUGUCAAAAAAUGUUGUAGGCCAUUAUUUUAAUUUUGACAAUGUAAAACAAGCCUCUGCACAACUCUGUGACAGUACGGACCUGCAGAUUUGACAAUAUAUACAUGACUGUUAACUCAACAUUCCAUAGAUUAGAUAUAGUGCAGCAGGCAACCAACUGCCUGAUUACAAUUAAUCUUGACAUAAAACUGUAGUUUUAACAUCAAUGAAACAAUGGGACUAAGGUACCAUUUGUUUUAUACAAGGAAUUUCAUGUGAAGAAUGACAGCUAAUACUAUUUUUAAAAGACUUUCAACCAAAGAUGUCUUUAAACAAAGACCAAAAAAUGGAAAACACUUAACCACAAGACACCUUGUUGAGGUCCUUUUUAGGAAAUAACCAUCAGCUCCAGAUGUGCAUCACAGAUUAAUCUCAUUAUUUAACAGCUUAAAAGUAAUAAUGAUAAACAUAAAAACAAAGGGGCCCAGCAUUGAACCAUAAGGAAUGCCUCUAUUAUGUGAUUAUUUGAGGAAUCUGUUACAGCAUCACCUCGCUGCUGUGUUUGGAGUUGAGUUUUAGAGCUUUAUAUUCAAAGAGGUAAACUCAUACAGAACUUCUGUUUUUAACUUCAUAUUGGUUUUGUUUCUACCUGCAGACCAUCGGACCAAAGGAGGGCUGGCAGGUGUACAGCUCGGCACAGGAUGCUGAUGGGAGAUGUAUCUGCACAGUGGUGGCUCCAGAACAGAGCCUGUGCUCUAGAGAUGCAAAGAGCAGACAACUGCGGCAGCUGCUGGAGAAGGUGAGCUCAUGUUAUGAGAGUUUAACUACCCAGUAUGCUGUUAUUGUGAUAACAGACUUUUCAUUUUCCUUCUGCUUAUAGAAGACAAUUGGAAAAUAAAAUAACUACAACCAUUUGUAAAACCUGCAACUAAAAAUAUUGACAGUAAGAGCUUCUAGGAAGGGAUCCUAAAGUUUUUCUCAUGCUCUUUUUGUGUUGAAUUGUUAGUUCAUACUUUUAUUAUUUCUGCAGCUUCAUUAGGAGUCUUUAUUGGUUUAAAUUAGAGAAAUAUCGAUGAAGGGAAACUGUCCCUCUUUAGUCCAUUGAUCUCUGUCUUUGGUGUAUGUGAAAUUAACAGUUGGUCAUAUUUUUGGAUUAUCAGUAUUGGCAGACUCUGCAUAAGCAUGCAGUAAUUGUAGGCCAGUCGUAAUUUUAGUUAAAGAAAAUCUCUGGUUUCUGUUUGUUGUUAAAAUAACAUUGAUCAAUCAUGUGUUAGCUAGCUUUGGUUUAGGCAGGAUUAGGAGCAAAACCAGGUGGAACAUAAUCCAUCAUGAAAUCAGUGGUAAUCUGAUGAACCACUACUUUUCUAGUUGAACUGGUAUGUUAGUUCAGCUCGCAAUUUGUUCUCGAUCAAAUAUUUAAACGGAGAGACAGUUCUGCUUACUGCUAAGUCACUAGAGAAAAAUAGUUGUUGGAUUUCCUGAUUUUUUUGAAUGCAUCAGAAAUAAUAUAUCUGAUCUUUAUUCAACAAAUGUUUUACUCCAUCAGGACACCAGCCAGGCUAACUGAUCUUAAUUUGAGGAAAUGUUACAAAAAGAGACAUAAAAACACAAGUGCUGGGGGCCUGUGGAGGUGCUAAAUAGAACAGUUUAUCAUUGAUGGGAGAGAGUGAGGAACAGGAGGCAGUGAUAGGCAGUCAUAUCAGACUGUAUAAAGCUGGAGCAGUGUGUUGAACAGGGGGAGGGCGGGGCUUCACUGACAACCAUAAAAAAGCACAGCUGUAUAAUCCACAGAACUUUUCUUGAGAGUUAUUCUUGCUGACAGACAGCUAGCUCUUCGAAAGUCACCUCUUCUAAGUGUGGUUAAGUUAGCUUCAACUCUCAGUUAGCUUCAAUGAGUCAACUUGGCCCAGCUGUUGGACUCUGAAUACAUGUGAGCAUCAGCUAUGGAGCUCGGUCAGCCCUGAAGCUCCUGUCAUUUCAGUCAGGACCACUUUAGUCAAAAUGUAUUUAUUGCAAGCAAUUGUUAGAUUUGGCAGUAUGACAUACAUGGAAAGCCAAGGCAUGGAAAACAACAGCUAAAGAAAUCCCUCAGAACAACCAUACCAGGCGACCUUCCCUACCACCAUAAGCUUGCAUAACAAUAUCCGCAAAAGAGGUACAGCGCAGCUCAUAUGGGACUCCAAGAAGACUAACAUUGCAUGGAGCAGGAUUCAUUUAGCCUAUAAAGAUAUUAUUUGUACGUAUUUAACAUGCUUAAAAAUAUAAUGGAUACACAGAAGAAUUAUUGCACAGUCAACAUUUUACAAAGUGCUCAUAGCUAUUUGAGCAUUAAGGAUGGUUUAAGCCUCAGACAAUUGACCCAUCGCCUUAAGCAUUGAGACAGGAUGAUAGAAGAUGCAGUCGUAGCUGCACCUAUGUGUAGGAAAAUAGCAGAGUAGCACUCAGGUGCUACCUUUUAUAAUACCGGCUUCUCAUUGAAACAAAUCAUUAAGUGGAGUUAAAAGAAAGUAACCUGGGAAGUAAACAAUAAACUGUUCCUUUAAGUGCCCUGCAGGCUUGAAUACUUCCAGUAUCGUGUCUCAAACUGCACUGUGUUGCUCUUGCAUAAAUUUCUGAUAUUUGCCUUUGAGUUAACUUUUUUGUCUGUUUACAGUGUGCUUCUAUUGCUGUAUUUGUUUGAUUUCUGUGUGUCCAUGAUUUUGUAUUAAAUCUAAACAUGCAGCACAUUUCUUCCACUGGAGAUUCUUGUAGUUGUUGCAAGUAAUUUUAACCUUUUCAGCCACCAUGUUAAUCAUCAGUUAAUUGGAAUUAAAUCAUAAGACAGUCAGGGUUUUUUUCCAGUGCACAGCUUCGAAGUCUCUGUAUGUGUAACUGACUAUAAACAGUGAAGGUUAGACUCACCAGAAAGAGACAAACAAGGUGCUACCCCUGGCGAUUACAUAAAACUUGAAAUGACCUGUUUUAAUUUUACAGUCUCAUCUUGAGGGCUGAGAUUUUUUUUGAUCAUUCAUAUUUUAAUAAGAAAGAUGAUGACUUAAAGACCCACUCUGAUGAAAAUCAUGUUUUUCUUGUUGUCUACAUGUUCAUAUGGCAUUUUUUUCUGAUGCUACAGGACAUAUCAUGAGAAACGUAGCUGCAAAUUGCAUUUUUGAGUAUUUCUGCAUUCAAAUCUCUGUGUAUCUCUGGCAGACCCAAACAGCAGGUUCAGACACAGUGAGAUUUCAUACGUCACAAAUCCAAGCUCUGCCCCCGGAGCCCCGCUAUGCAGAUAAGACUCUGAGAAGUAGAGAGGAUAAUUGUUGAACAAGCGUGUGCAUUAGUGGAUUGCAAUGUUCGUAAGAAAGCUAAUUAUGAUAUUAAUUUUCAUCAUGUCCCAAAAGACAUUAGUGUCCAAGAGCUGAAUAGCUCCUAUGUUACCUGCCACUUCUACUGCACCAGCAAUGAUAGGCUACAGGCUAGGCAUGAAGAGGAGUGUGCAGAACAGCGCUGUCUUAACCCACGACUCAGAAGUGAAUUGCUAAUGAGCUCUGCAGAGGCUAAAAACUUCAUAAUCACAAUUUAACGACCACUGAGAACACUUUAAGUAGUGAUAAAAAAAAAUCGGAGUGAAACAUUAAGGCUGCUGUUUAAGACAAUAUUUUAAUCAUUUCUAUGACGCCCUGUCUCAUCGAAUGAGUAUUUUCUUCUGUUUUAUAUUCAAUGAUCUGUUCUAUGUUAAGAUACAUGAAGGCUUUGCGAAUUAAAUGAUUCAUCCACUUAUGUCACACUGAGCACCUUCCACUUUAAACCUUUUUACACUCGAUGUAUUAAUCUGUGUGACUCUGCUGCUGUUUGCACUCACAAAGAACUCAAAGAGGUUGCUUGGGAUCAAAUACAACAAUCCAUGCUGUGGUUUUCUUUAUGUUGAAUGACGAAAAGGUGCAACAACCAACCCAGAUCUCUCCUAUGUAAUGUUACAUACGCAGUAUUAAAAAAGCGUCAAAGUCUGAUUGUUUCUGACAUACUUAACCCCUGGCAUCAUGCACGUAUAAAACCAUACGCAUUCUCUGAUCUCCUUGCGCAAAUCUCUGAAGCUGUAAACCCUUCAUAUCAGAGUAAUACUCUUACAACAACCAGAUGUUUUAACAUAUGCAUUAAUACAGUGAUGCUGCUGCUUCUGCUGCUAGGCUUAGCUCCUUUUGUUCUUUUUUAACAAAAGCCUUUUACACAUUCAGGCACACACACGAGCACAGCCCACCAGGGAAAACCUAUCAAAGUGCCUUUCAAUUAACUGCAGUGAAAGGAAGGACGAAGAGAAGAAAAGCAUCAUUUAUUCACUCGCCGAGUUAACCACGCUGCACUAAACUCUGCAUACUUCACCAUGCUGUACAUGACUGUGCAAACAUAAAUCUGUUUUAGGUGAUUAUUUAUUAUGGCCUGCUCUUUUUCAGGUGCAGAACAUGUCUCAGUCGAUUGAGGUGCUGAACCUGAGGACUCAGAGGGAUUUCCAAUAUGUCAUGAAGAUGGAGAACCAGAUGAAGGGCCUGAGGACCAAAUUCAGACAGAUCGAGGACGACAGGAAAUCCAUCAUGGCCCGAAACUUCCAGGUAACUGAUAUUCUUGUUUAACUUUGUUGAAACAAAUCUUUUCUGUUCAGCCUUUUCUUUGUGCUUACCUGAAAUAGCUUCCUGCAACAUUCAUUAAGACAACCACGUUUAAAGUGUUUUUCAACCUCAAAUUUAAUUCAGGUUUAGCAGCAGCACCUUAUCAUAAAAAAGGCAGUCCAGGCGCAUAACAUAAAAGCAUUACAAACGGCUGAAGUGUGUAAAAAAACAGAGAAGCCCAUACACGAACAAACAAAUUCAAACAGGACACAUUGCAGGAAUGCUGAGUGCAUUAAAGAAAAUCUGAAGUUAAACUAAAGGUCUGAAUUUGGGUUUCAACAUUUGCAGAGGAAGUCAGACAUUCACAGGGCAGACUGUUGUAUUUUUGAUGGUGCAUUAAUACUGAAUGUUAUUCUGCUACACUUUGAAGGUCUCGCUUCAGGUUCAUGCAGGAGAUUUCCUCCUUGUGAACAUAAAGAUCUGAGGUUGUGAAUUAACUGACAGCAUGACUCAGAUCUUUUAUCAAGCAAUACCAUUAAGUGUUUUGUUAACUGGAGGAAGGACUUUGACCAAGCUGAAAAAACUGAGGGUGACCAAAGAGGGUUUGUAGUUCUGAUGUUAAAGGGUCUGAGCUUGUUAUCGGGACAUAACAAUUCAAGCAACUACACUUCCACUCAAUGAAGUGUUACAUUUAUUUGACACAUUAUCAGAAACUAGAGAUGGACGAUUAAUCGAUUUGAAUUAUGAUAUCGAUUUUGUCUUCUCACAAUCAUAAACACAUUUUAAUCAAAGACAAACGAUUAAUGCGCCACACAGCGCAGCAUGUAUAUUAGUUUCUGUGCUGGAAAAACAGCUGUUAUGUGCAGCUGCAGCAAGUGUGUGAUGUGUGUGGAUCAAUAAUAUGUGGAGCAAGCGAUCAAAAACAUGGCAGAAAGGCAGCCUUUGGUUGAGAAGAAAGGUAGGACAACUUCAGUUAUCUGGAAAAAUUUGGGCUUCAAGUUGACGGAUGUCAAGAAAAAGAAAAUUGUUUGCAAAGUUUGUCGCACUAUCAGAUCUGCUCCCCAAGGCAACCCAACCAACUUCAGGGUUUCCCCUAUAUGCAAUCUAUAUGGGCACCGCCAUGGCUAAAUAAAAGCCGCCACACCUUAAAAAUUAGUUUUUUAUUUUUAUAUUUAUUUUAUUAUUAUUAUUUUAUAUUUAUUUAUUUUUUAUUUUAUUUUACAUGACUGUAGCUCGGACUCGUGUAUCAGUUUAUACGCGCACUUGGACUUACUGUUGGUGAUCACACAGCUGAUUUACACCCCCACCCCGAAAUCGCACACCACCACCGAUCACAGGGGACACACUGAACUUAUUCAGUCACUUCAUGUAGCCAUAAAUGGUCUAUGGUAAUAGAUAGGUGAUAAAGGAGCAAUGUUGUUACCUGCCUUUGUUCAUCAAUAAAGCCAGACUGGGUUAACAGACUGGUGUUCCUAGCCAAAAAAUUGCAGAGGGGUCAGCUGAAGAAUUAAAGCACUUUGUGUCCCGUCCUUGUUUUUAAAAAAGGUUUUUAAAAAACCUUAGAUGAGUCUUUCGUUUUUCGGCUGUGUUAUUAGUGGUUUUUUUUUGUUUGUUUGUUUUUUUUGUGUGUUGCAACUUUUGCAGGAAUGCAUGUCGAUCAGGUAAUUACUGUUGUAUUUAUUUUUUCAUUUCCAUCAUUAUUUUAAUAUACUAUUGUCAUUAUAUUUCUUUUUCUACCUGUUUAUAUGAUACUAAUUUAUUUCUGGCUGUUUUUACAGGUUAUGUUUAAAGUUCAGUUUUGUUGGUUCAAUAAAUACAAAAAGUUUUUAAAUCAACAAAUAAUCGUGUUUAUUAAUUUUGAUUUCAAUAUCAGUCAAAAUAAUCGUGAUUAUUUUAUUUGCCAUAACCAUCCAGCCCCACCAGAAACUUGUUCAACAGUAUAUGCAUGCCAACGUAUGCGUACUAACUCACUGUAAGAUCCAAUCAUCCUGUGAGACUGACAGCUUUCUGCUUUUAACAUUUGUGGGUUUCUGCAACUUCUAGGGGUUAAUCUAUCCCCAAGAGAAGAUUUGUCAACUUUAAGGAGCUGUCCAGAUCCCUCAAAAAAAGGGAAACCUUUGAUGAUUUUUGUGUUGAUUUUAAUGUUGUCCAGUCUCUGGUGGUAAAAGGAGCAAUCCCCUUUCUCUGAAGUACAACUUUUCAAACUGCUGUCUCUUUUGCAUAAGACCCACAGAGGCCAGACUGGCUUUUUAAAAGAUUUUACUGCGAUGAUUUCACUGUAACCUAUCAAGUGAUUUUUCCCAGGGCAGAGGUUGGAGAUUGGCCUCCUCUUUACUGCAUGUGUUUGACGUCUAAAAAAAGCUACUUGCACCAAUUAUUGUGAAAUAAGGGAAGAACACAGCCUGGAUUUUUUAACCAGAUUAAAGGGAUUGGGAUCAUAAAAGUGAAGUUUUUGUGUCUGAAGGCCCCUCAGAAAUGGUCAGAAGAGGGCACACUGCAGUGGUGAAGGUUUAUCAUGGUGAAGUUGACUGUGGUAUUGUGUUUUGUGUUAAAAUUUGUUUGAAUAGUGAAUGAUGUAAUUUGAUUUGUUUUUAAAAUGUAAUCAGAAAAAGAAGCAAGUCACUCUUCAGGAAAGGAAUACAAAGCUUUCAUUCAAUUGGCUUUUUCAUGGUAAAAUUGCUAAAACCAUGGACAAUGUGGCAAAAACAAGCCAAGUAACAACCAACAAACAGCCUCUUCAUAGCACACUCUUCUACUUUAAGUACCAGAUAAUUGCAGACAUCUGAACACAAGUACGAUCUCAGGUAAUGCAUCCCAAACAGGGCCACCAGAUGGAUGGGGACAUGAAAAGAAAACAAGAAAAAUAAGAGACAGAGACAAUUCAAACAUGAACAGAAAGACACAAAAGCAGCAAAGAUUAAUCUCCAGCAGAACUGAGGGUUGAUUUCAUUCGACAGCUACAAAGAGGACUGAACAAGAAUUUACUAUUCAGUUUGGGGUUCAUUGUAACCUGAUAAACCAAUAAGUUUACUCAUCAAAGAUGUUUUGAGUUCAUCAAUUGAGUUUUGUUUUCUUCUCUUUUUCAAUUUUAUGUCAAUCUCUUUAUGGCUGCUUUGUGAUCUCAGCACUUCUCAGCUUUUAUUUGCCUGAGAGCACUUUGAAUUGAUCUUCAUAUUUACUGUUCUGGUACAUGGCUGGUAUUUAUCUUCUUAUCGGCAACCUGGCUGCAAAAAGGGAAUAUUUCUGUUGUUCCUGUGGAUCUGUGGAUGGCAGGCAGUGGAAAGACUGAGCAAACAAUGGAAUUGGAUUUCUAAGCUGAAUGGCAAAAUUGCCUGGGCCAGGCACAUGAACUAGAAAUGCAUUCUAUGUAUUAAAGAUCCACAGCAGAUGACAAAAGGAAAGAAGAGCAGCCUUAACAGCCCCACAGAGAUGACUAUAGACCAGUCAGCGUGCAGCCCCUGAGGUGACAAAUACAGGCCGACGAGGCUGCUGAUUCUCUGAUUCCUGUUAGCUACACCUUAGUCAUGAUUCAUGAGAUACAUGCUCAUCAAGAUUGACUGUCCUAUGGGUGCAACCUGUAGUAAUCUAUACAUCUGUUGGAAAAGAAAAAAAAAUCUUUGUUAUAUGCAAAAGAUUUUGAGAUGAUUGAUGGGAAAAACCUGACAAAUGGAGGGUCAUACAGAUCAGGCAUUAUAGAAGAUUCUUGUCCUCAAAGGCCACCGUCUCUUCACCAACAGGAGGGGUGAGCAAAGCAGAGUUCCAGUUCUACUCACCUUUAAUUUAAACAUAGAAAUGUGUUUAACUCAGGUUUAAAGUAUUAACGUUUAAAGGCCAAGUUUUAUCCUGAAACAUAUUGUCACCACUGUGUGUAUAUGUCUGCCAUCAUAAGUGUAAAAUGGUGAGCCCUAAAUGCUCUAAUGUACAUAGUCAUAUAAAAAAAUAAAGAAAAUACAUUUAAUGAGAAGGUAUGUCCAAACAUUUGGCCUGUACUGUAUAUAUGAUAUGUACUUUGAUUUUAUAGUUUGACACAUGCCCCAUCUGUUAGCACGGAUGGAGAGGAGUUUAUUGCCUAUUUUUUCAAAGAGUCCUGCAAGCUUUAAAGCAUUCAUUACUUUGUCAGUAGGCAGACUUUCUUUGUGUACAAUAAAUAAGGAGAAAUCUCUCACAAAGUGUUGAAAUGAUUAGAUGUUGCAGAGGCUGUUGUGCUGCAGCAGCUGCACUAUGUGGUUUAAACAUGACAGCUGGUCUGGGAGUAGAAACAGCUCCAGUGUGGCACAAUAUGAGAAACAAGAAGAGUUGGAAAAACAAUUAUGAAACAACCACUAGCAUGGCAAGAACCUCAUUAAAAGGCCAUGGGUAAAAAGAAUAAUGAAAAUGUGAUCGCCAACACAUCUUAGUAUCUUUAAAAAAAAAAAAAAAAGACUGGGUAAACAUACUGUGGAUGAAUUAACAAAAGCACAGACUGAGGAGGUCUUCUCAUAAAUACUUCGAACAUGUUUCAAGGGGAACUUGAGCUACAAAAUUUGAGCAUGUCUCUGCAAACAUACAGGUUUGUAUCUUCCCCACGGAUCCUCUCAUUCCCUCUGUUAUACAUUUUUGCUGCUGUCAAUGUCAUUUCUACAGGAGCUUAAGGACAAAAUGGACGAGCUGAAGCCGUUGAUCCCCGUGCUGGAGCAAUAUAAAAUGGAUGCAGCGCUCAUCUCCCAGUUCAAGGAGGAGAUCAGGAACCUGUCUGCAGUGCUGACAGGCAUCCAGGAGGAGCUGGGAGCUUAUGACUAUGAUGAGCUCUACAAGAGAGUCCUGAGACUGGACAGCCGGCUCCGCAGCUGCAUGGGCAAACUGAGUAAGUCUGGACUCUGCAUGUGAUUUCCACUAUCUUACAAGAGAUAGGGCGACCACUUUAUACUCUACUUUUGCUUAGAACUGCCUUGAGUUGCAGAGGAAUAGUUUGAACACAGUGUCCUAAGUUGUCAGAGCCACUGCUGGAGAAAAUAACUGGAAUAAAAUAAAUUAAAAUUCAUCAUGUUGCUUUUCUUGUUUGUAAAAAUGACAGUAUGUUCAGACCAAAGGAUGCUCAAAACAGGACCAAAUCCUAAGUGUCUAGAGAUUAAAUACAAAGAGAAUGAAAAGUCACAAGUAAAACCUUUUCACACAUUUACUCCUGGAAAUUUUUCAAACAGCUUCCCCCUGAUAUUUUCCCGUUAUCUAAUUCAAAUGUCCCUAAAAGCUGGAGAUUAUUUUCCCUGAUUGUGAAGAGGGUGGGGGUGUGUUAACAUAUGUAGCUGAUCCUGAUAACUUAGGAGGAUUUUCAGGACCUUGGUGCAUGUGCAAACACAGUUUUGCAAUUUUGUUUUUAAACAAUUUUCAUCACAAGCAGUUGAUCUGAAUAUUUGGGUGGGAAUAACUGUUUAACAUGGCAUUUGCACAAUACUUCAUCAGAAAGCCUUAAACUGUAUUAUUUGCAGGAAGAAAGUUCAUCCAAACACAGUUUUACUGUAUUGAAGGAUUCAUCUUAAUGAAACCAUUAGAUAUGGACACAGUCAAACUCCUAAGAUAAACAUGAAGCUAAAUUUGCAUCUUUUUGGCCUGAACAUUCCUUAAAACCAAAAAAUGCAGUCCAUUGUUCAUGAAAAGGCUCUUCACUUGGAGUCUCAAAGGCUUGAAGCUUCCUCUACCGUCUUUCUGUAACUUCCCACACCAACACUGUUUUUGAAACGUGCUUUGUUGCAGAGUAUCUUCCAGGAGAUCCACCACGAUCUCCUGCCAGUAAAGAAAAGAAACGAUCAGUGCCUGUUCUUUUAAGCUUGGUGGUUUAUUUUAAUAUGCAAACUGUUAACUGUUCAAAUAUCCUCUGAAAGUCACAUACUGUUCCCAACUCCCUCACUGUGAGCAGAAAACUUGGAUUAACUAUCUACAGAGAGAGCUGCCAUUAAUUUCAGAAGAAACUUUCUAUCCAAAUCUGUUUCUUUAUACUGCAGCAAGUUCAGAUUUUAGAGACUUUAAUGAACAGAGUGAUCUAAAAUAUGCAUAUUCUUUAUGUCAGAGCUUUUAUGAGCUCUAUAAAUGUGUAAACACAUUUGCUAAUGAACAUGUUUUGUAUUUACGGACUUGCCUGUCUUUGCUAAUGAUACAAACAAGUCAUGUUGCAGUGAACAUAAAUAAUCAGCUCAUAAAUACAAAGUUUGAUGAUACAUGAAUGUGUUGUUUUAAAGUGUGUAUUUUAGUCUAAAGCUACAAACAGCACUGCCACCGUUACGCCGCCAGCUGGAUAAAGCCACCCUCUGCUAUGCAUCUAGCUAUCUUAGUAUGCACAGGGGGCAAACACUCUGGUGGCACAGGCAUGAAAUUGGCUUGAGAAAUCUAGUUAGAGACAAAAACCAGCACAGCACAUCUUAUCGUUGCAUUUCUCUAUUAACAGCGUGUGGGAAAUUAAUGAAAAUCACUGGACCUGUUACAAUAAAGACAUCUGGAACCCGGUUUGGAGCAUGGAUGACUGAUCCUCUGGCAUCAACCAGGAACAACAGGGUGAGUCUUGAAAGCAGAGUAGAGCUCUCGCUGAGGGCUCUACAGGGUGUACAGUAAAAUAUUUAUAUUGUUUCUUCAAAGUAAGCCGAGUAACUCUACAGCUGCAGACAAGCUGUUUUCAUUCAUAUACAGUAUAUGGAAAAGUGGGGAAAUUUCAAAUAUCUGUAGGCAGGUGAACUUAUUUCAACACCAAGAAAGAAGCAACCUAAAGACUUUUGUUUUUAAGUCAACAUACAGUCUCUUGACAUAAACUCUUACAGCAGCGAGGCAGGUCUUAUGCAGUUUUAGGUUCAUGGUUUUUCGAGCUGAUCCUGUAUCUAAAACAUUGUUCCCAGACACAGAAUGCUCAAGAAGAUGUAGAGCUAAAUUCAUGCAACAUAUCUGCAAAUUGCGCAAAAAUAUACAACUGCUCUUAUGGCAAAGGGCUGAAGAUAUUUAAAUCUAGUGUAUACUCAAACCAAGAUGAGUUCCUCUAAAAUCAUCUAAACUACAUGACAGAGUCAGCCUGGUCUGCAGAAAACUGCAGCCAACCUUGUGUACCUUUUCCCUUGGCAGAGUCUUAGUAUAGGGGCAGAGCCGAUCUACAUCCAUGACAUCUAACUCAUACAACACCACUUCAAAAAUAAAGACAUGUCCCUUGAAUACAGUGAAGGGAAAUCUAAUUAGUUAUACUGAGAAAUCUUAAGCCACAUAAUAUGUAAAUACAGCAGUACUGUAGUCAAACGAACCCUGCAAAAUAAAAGGGGGAGCACAGUUGUAAUAAGACACGUCAGUUCUCUUAGAUGUAGUGAAUCACUAGUAUCAGUUCACUGGAAAGAUUUGUUCAAGAGAUUUGUUCACCGAAUCACCUUCUCACUCAGGGCUUGGCAGGAGAAGCCUGCAACUCUGACUUCCUGAACUCAUACACAGAUGAACGGUUCAGGCUUCAGUUCAGUUCACAGCUUCUGGGCCCGGGAGACGAGAGUGUUGUGGCUGUGCGUUCGCUUCCUUCCCCCCCGCAGCAGCUCUCCUGCUGCUUGCACAUCAAUGCUGCGUACUAUGGCAGCUGCGCUGUUGACAGCUUAACUGAACUGAGAAAUGAACGAAUCACUCGAGGAAGUGAUUCAGUUCAGUAUGCUCACUUAGAAGACUUGUUCUUUUGAAUGAAUCAUUCGCAAACGACACAACACUGGAGCACCUAUCAAAGUCUUAAUAUCUUGUCUUGAGAAGUGAAAUGAUCUAUGACAGACAACACGAUGCAGACAAUGAACUGCCAUAAACUCAAUCUUCUAAAAUGGUGCUCCAUGACAAAUGAUGUUUCAUAUAAACUGAAGAUACAGUUAUUGAAUUGAUAAACUGCAUUGAUCUUGAACCAGACCUAAUGGUGUCAAUAGGUUCAAGACAGCUGGGUUUUUUUGUUUGUUUGUUUUUGUUUUGUGUUGUUUAGUUCUUUGUCAAAACUUUUCAAUCAUCAUUUUUAGGGCUUUUUGAAAAUAUCAAAGUUCCCGAUUGUAGGGUUUGAGAAACAGACAGGAAAAGUUCAGUUUUGGUGGUACGAAUGGUUAAAAUGCAACAACAAUGGUUUCAGUUUGUCUCACUUCACUUUCUUUACACCCUCUCUGGUGCAGGUUUGGUACAUGGACAGCUACACUAACAGCAAGAUUGUUCGUGAGUACAAGACCACAGAGGACUUUGUGGCAGGAGUGGUUUCAAGAACAUACAGCCUCCCUUUUAAAUGGGAGGGGACCAAUCACAUUGUCUACAACGGGUCUCUUUACUACAACAAGUACCAGAGCAACAUCAUCGUCAAGUACAGCUUUGAGACGGGCAGCGUGUUGGCACAGAGAGCCUUGGAGUUUGCUGGUUUCCACAACAUGUACCCGUACACCUGGGGAGGAUAUUCUGAUAUUGAUGUUAUGGCUGAUGAGCUGGGAAUGUGGGUUGUAUAUGCAACCAAUCAGAAUGCUGGAAAUGUCGUCAUCUCCCAGAUCGACCCAGACACACUGCAGGUGCUGAAGACCUGGAACACCGAGUACUCAAAAAGGAAUGCAGGUGAGUCUUUCAUGAUCUGCGGGACGCUUUAUAUCACUAAUUCUCAUCUGUCCGGAGCAAAGGUGUACUACGCCUACUCCACCAAGACUUCAACCUACGAAUACAUAGACAUCCCCUUCCACAACCAGUACUUUCACAUCUCCAUGCUCGACUACAAUGCUAAAGAGAGAGCGCUGUACGCCUGGAAUAACGGACACCAGGUGAUAUUUAACGUCACCCUCUUCCACGUCAUAAAAACUGACGAUGACUCUUAAACUUUUCCAGAAACAACUCAAACACCAUCAUUUGUGAUACUAAAACCUUCUGUUUACCCAUAAGUCCUUUCCACAAAUGGCCUGUGGGAUCCUAAUGUGCCACUACUUGAACUUUUCUAACUUGUGGCUGUGGAUUGAAGCAUGGACAGGAGGACAUUUUUCACUCUUUUCCUUUGCUGCUGGUCAGACUGCUUUGCCUUAUUUAUUCUGUGUUGCAUCUCCUAUCUGAAGACUUUGAAAGCUUUUGCAUGAAUGUUCACAUUUUGUCUGCAGUGAUUUCCUAUAAUCUUGCUGUGUUUUGUUGCAAAUCUGUGUUUGCAUUUUUGUAUAUUUAAAGAUCUAUUUAAAAGUAUUUAAGCUCUAAAGGCAGCCUCUUCUGCAUAUUUGCUACAUGAAUUUAUCUGAUUGUACCAUAUCAAUAGUUGCCAUCCUUUUAAAGACAGGCCUGUAAGAUACUGUUGUAAUGUAUGUCUAUGUGUAAGAAAAGCAUUUGUAUUUUUUAUAAAACUGAAUCAUAGAAGAAGAUCUGUGCAUUUUCAUUGAAAUUAAAUGAUUCUACAUUUCAUUCAAA